AAUAACAUGUAUGGAUGUCAAGUUUUAUUUGCUAUUUUACCAGCAUAAAAUUAAAAAGUUUGUAACUAUUUCUUUUAUGGAUGAUAAUUUUAAAUGGCCUGAUAAAAAUUUGGGAGAAAACGGACCAUAAAAAUGUCUGUUAGUAAAGCAAAUGGCGUUAAGAAAAGACGAGCGCCAUUACCACCCGAAGAAAACUAUCUAGCGCCAUUACCACCCGAAGAAAUGACAUCGAAUUUGGUGGAUGAAUCUCUCUGUGAUACUGGUGCAACAUCAACUGAAAGGAUGCCAAGGACACUUCCGCUUGGAGAGCCAGUAAGGACUCUUUAAGUUAAUAUUUAACCGAACUAAUCCACUCGAAAUCUGUUAAUAUACUCCGAUUUCCUUUUAGGUUGUUGAACGUCGACGGGAUUUUUUGUCGGAAAAUCUGCAUUCAUCACGAUACUCCUGGGCUCCUGAGAGUGGACAAGUGACGUUAUUGCAUAAACGUAGAAGUUUGGAUGAUAUUAACUUUUUGUCUGAUAAUGAGGCCCUUGAUGUGCAAAGACAAAGUGAGAAUGUAAAAGCCCUUGAAAAUACUGAAUAUCAUCAUAAUGGCCACCACAAGCGACAUAGCUCAGGCGAUGUAUCGAAACUUCUUCACGGAUCGUCGUCUAAAAGUUCACUUCGUUCAAAUAAUUUAUCUGAGAGAAGUUUCUCACUAAAUAGCCUGUCUUCAUCGUAUGGUACAGACACUGUUGACAGCCAAAUGGUCGACCAGGAAGAUAUACUCACUUUGACCGCUCAUGUACGACAUUUCUCAGAUGCUUUGAGUAAAUUGAGAAUUGCUUUCCCAGGCAAUGGAUCAGACACAGAUUCAGACGGUAGGAUUAUGAAAUAAUAUACUUUCUAUUAUCUAAUACUUAUUUAAUAUAGUCGAAUUCAAGUAUACUUUGCGUGGCCUUCGUGACUAUUUAUGUAGACGUUUCGGCAUAGCUGUGUAAAUUGUCGGUUUUGUAUUCAUAACAAUUCUAAUUGCUCGAUAGCUUUUGAAUUGUAAGUGUAAUUUGAUUGCUAUUUGACCUGUCUUCGAUACCCCCAAUGUGUCAUCUUUAUUGUUUUAAUAUGAAACCAUAAAAAGCGAGUAAUAAACCGAUAAACACUUCAUAACUUAGAAGAGUCAUUAUUAAAAAUGAACUCCAAACUACAUUUUGCUUUGUUGAUUUUAAUUUAGCAGUAUAAAAUCCCGCCGUGUUUCAUGAAAUGUAUAUCAUUUUUGUGAUUGGAUUUUACUUUCAAACGUACGGAAUGUUGAUACUGAACGGUCACUGAACAAUUCAGACAGGCUCAUCUUAAUUUGGAAUUGUGUUUAUAAUAUAUUAAAUAGGCAAGUGGGCUACAGUCGCGAUAUAUAGUGAUGUAAUUUUGCUUGUUGUCAGAAUGUAUUUGAUUAGUAAUUUGCAACAAUGUUUUUCUUAAUGUUUUACUACGUCAGGAUAAUUUUUCACAAGAAACAAAUUCUGUAUUUCUUUGUUGAAAAGAUCUUUGUGAUUUUGUUGUUUUUAACCCUUGAAAGAAGAUACUAUAAGGACCAAUAUAAUUUUGAUAUAUAUGGACAUUGAAAAAUUCUUUUGGCUAACUGGACAUAGUUGGCACACAUUAACCCAUUAAGCCGCAAUGCGCAACAGUGGGUCUUACUAACUUUACUCUUUAUAACAACACAAAAGGGUUUUACUCUUCAAGGCGAAAGUGUUGGACAUUGAUUCUUUAACCAGACUGGCUACCCAUUACUUUUAUUAACCCAAUGCAACACUCCCCAAAGGUGACGUUAUACUGAUGAUUCCUAAAGCAACUCAUUGCCAAGCCAAUCAAAGUUUCUGGAACAUCAUUUGCAUUACAAAUUGUUGUUGAGAAAUGUUCAGUUUGUUAUGUUAUUCUGUAUAAUGCCAGACGAUUUCACUCUUCAAAUGGGAAGUGAUGGGAUUAAUUAGUUGACCAGACUGUUUAUGUCUUUCAUUAAUCCAGUAUCAUAUCACAAUGUUCCCUAAUGUGGCUACUUUUUAUUUUACUCUGUAUAGUAACAGAGGAUUUUUCUCUUCAAGGAGAAAGUGUCACACAUUAAUUGGUUAACUCAUUGAGAACCAGUGUCCCUUGAGUAGUAAAGUUGUCUGGUAUUUGACAGUAUAAAAUAGUAAAGUAGGUCAUAUUUGGGCAUGUGACUAGUUAACCCAUCAGGUUGCAUUGUGGGCAGAUAGUCUGAUUAACCCAUGGAGUGCCAGCGCUGUCCCCUUGACAAGUAAAAUUGGCAUUAGACUGAAGAAAAUAAUAAUUAAACUAGGAUGCAUUAGGGUGCAAUACAACUUAAGUAAUGGGUUAACAGACUGGCUCCCAUGUCUAUUAUUAACCCAUUAUAUUUAUGCCACCAUAUAUAUAUAUAUAUAUAUAUAUAAUAUAUAUAUAUAUAUACAGUGGGCAUAAAAUACAGGGAAUUUGGCCAAGUACAUAUAACUUUCUCUCGUUAGUUUGGAAAAAAUUGUAAAAACAUUAAAAAUACAACAAGGCAGUGCGAAGAUAUGGCGAUUCAAAGUUCGAAAAAAAUCUAUUUUUAGUAACAAAAUGGCUGAUUUUUCAGUAAAAAUAGAAAUUUGAAUCGCCAUAUCUUCGCACUGCCUUGUUGUAUUUUUAAUGUUUUUACAGUUUUGAGAUCCUUAUAGGACAAUCUUUUCGAAAAAAUUACUAGCAUGUCCUUAGCUCGUGUUUAAUUUUUUGGCGCCAAAGUUGGCACGUCAUUUUCCCGCCAAAAUGUAACAAAAUUGAAAAACAAAAAACAUACGAUUUUUAGGAAUGUUAAGUUCUAUCCUGUGAGGGAGUUUCGUGAUAUUCCAAACUAACGAGAGAAAGUUAUAUGUACUUGGCCAAAUUCGCUGUCUUUUAUGCCCACCGUGCAUGUUCCCCAUUAUGGCCUAAUUUUUUUAGAGAGCUUAAGCAAGAGAUGUUUUUGAUUAGCGGCAUUACUGACAGCCGUUCUUGUCUGAAAUCACACAUGUCAAACUGCAUUGACUGCCAUUCUUGAUUUCAAGCAGUUAAAUUAUUGUCAAAACUACUCUGUAUAACAUCAGAUGAUUUUACUCUUCAAGGUGAAAGUGUUGGGCAAGUGCUGGCUGCCCAUUUGUAUUAAUGUGAAUACCAGUUUAUUCUAAAUUACUUUUCUGUUUUUCUGUUACCUAUUGUAUGCAGGAAAAAAUGUGAAUAAAUUUAUUUAACCUAAUGCACAACCAUCCAUAGGGGACUGAUGCCUUACAAUAAUCAGCAUGAGUGCCAGCACUCUCCCCUUGAUGAGUAAUAUCGUCUGGUGUUUAGACAGAGUACAAAAUAAUAGAAUGGGGUGCAAUGCGACUCAAUGGGUUAAAUGGUUAAUUAUCAAUUUAUGUAGUAUUUAGUGUGAAGUUCUUCCUCUAGGGGCACAGUCUGCUCAUUGCCCAAAGUAAUUGAAAUAUUAUUAUAUUUGAGCCUGGUAUAGGUGGGUUUCAAGCAAUCCCACAAGACAUAAACACCAAAGCAGAUGGAGGUCAAACAAUGAGAUUCUAAUGAGAUUCUUUUGUUUAAAAUAAAAUGUCCUUGAUGUCCACUGAACUGGAGCUACUUGUAGUCAUUCUGGACUGAAAUUAGUCUAUUACCCCCAUUGUUUAUUCAACAUAAUUGAACAUAUGUACAAUUGUCAUUUGUUCAGAAAAUACAGACGGUGGUAAUGCAGUUGAAGAAAUGCAUGUGAAAGCUCAUGAAUGUCUGGGAAAGGUGUUAUCUAACUUGAAAGAAGUGAUCAACCGUUAUCCAUCAUUAAGGUCCAGCGAGAUUCUUGCAGCCGCUGGCAAUCUCAUUAGUAAAGUGCGAAAUCUCAAUUAUGUUGACAAUAAAAUUCCUGAUGAUUUUUACCAUGCUAUUGAUCAACUGGCACUGGUGUUUGGUAGCAGGUGAGUUUGUUUAAACUUUAAAAUAUCUAAGCUGAGUUAAUUCUUUUGAUUCAUUUAUCUCAAGUUUAUGGAAUCUGAAAUUAGCAACCUCUUAACUUAGCAUUCCUCUCUCUGUUUCUCAUACCAUUCAUUAUUACAAUAUCAUUCUUGUUAUGUUAAAAUGAGACUAAUGUGCUUAAUUAUUUCUGUAUUAGCCUUGUUACAUUUACUGGUAAACAGAUAUUUGGUGUUUCUUAUUACAGUAACGUUUAACCAUCGCAAUUACCUUAGUUAGAAUUCUCUAUUAGUACAGGGAAAUAAUGGUUGGCCCCUACUAAGAAGUUGGGUUGGCCUCUAGGACUGUUCGGUAUACCAAUAUACCGAAAAUAUCGGUAUUAAAUCAAUAUCGGUAUAUCGAUACCGGAUAUUCAACCAUACCGAUAUACCAAAAUUUUCGAUAUACCGGAAUUUUUCGGUAUAUCGUGUUAAAUUUACCAACUAUAUGGCGAAACCAUAACCUUUAUUUUACUACUGAAUAGCAAUUCAAACAACUUUCUACUGCAAUGAUUUAGGAUUUCCACUUCAGUGAGAUUUUACACUGAAUACGUGCAUGUCAUUCGAAACAUGUUCGAAACAGCUUCGAAAUUAUCGUUUUCCCUUUUAGAAUUACUCAAAAUUUCCUUCAAACUUGUAUUAAAGAAUUUUCCUUUACAAUUAUCAAAGGAAAACCGGUAUACCGAUAAUAUCGGUAUAAUUUUUUUGGUAUACCGAUACCAGAAAUUUCUCAUACCGAACAUUCCUAUUGGCCUCUAGCUAGAUAACCUGGUGCAAUUAUUAUAUACCUGAAUCGAUCAGAGCCAGGUUAACAUUUUGCAGGGUCCGUGGCAUAUUAUCAGCGUGGGGCACCUUGACCCCCACUCCCCAACGGCAUUUUAAAAUUAAACACUAAUUUAAUUCAGAAAUUGUAUCAAUAAUUGUAUCAAUAAGUGAUGCAAUGAGUAUCAGCAAUAAUAUCAUAUGACAGCUACAUAUUGUAUUAUAUAAUACAUUGCAAUACUUAAAUUUUAAAACAAGUAUUAACCUAAAAGUAUGUACCAGUGCAUUAUGUUGGUUUGGCCCUGCGCCGAAACGGGAACAAAAAAUUUGAAAAGAGUAAGCGUGGGGACCCCAAAACUGCAGGGCCUGUGGCAUAUGCCACUUACUCAUUAGGUUAAUCUGGCACUCGAAACGAUACGAAACUAGCUGAGAAGAUAAGAAAAUUUCAACGUUUCAAGAGCCUUCAUUUGGAAGCACUCUCUCCCCCACAGAGUCUAAAACUAUUUAUUAUGAUUUAAAAUAUAUUGUAUUGGUAACGUAGGGAUAGUAGAGGACAUUAUGUAAUUUGUUUCCCCAGUAGUAUUACGUAAUUUACGUAUUACGUAAUCUGCAGAGGAGAGUGGUUUGGAAGCUGAAGACUGAAGUAGUGGAGUAGUUUAAGAUGAGUGAUACAGUUUAAGGUGUUUUACAUUUUUAAACUUCGUAUGUUUGGGUUUUGUGGAUCAAAUAUCGGGAUGUUCAAAUAUUUAAAUGUUUCUUCUUUCAAAUUAUGCUAGUUUUGGUAACACAUACUGUAGUUCGCUGCUAUGGCAACACACGCAUAUGAAAUUUACUCUAAUGGUAUAAUAUCUCACAGUUUAAAUAAAGAUUAUUAUUAUUAUUAAUAUAGCUUAUUGCUUCAAGUAGUUAAGAAAGAAGCACGGUGAUCCCUAAUAUUUUUGUGGUUUAUUUUACUUAAAAAAUUGCAUUACAAAAUUUUUUAUUUUUGGUAUUACGAAAGACUUUUGCGUGCAAAAUUUGGAUUUUCAAAAAUUUGAUUUUUUAAUGACGUCAGCACGGAAAUGAAACACGCUAUGUUCCUGGUCAGGUCUUAAAAUGUAUAUAAUCACUUGGAUUACAAACCCUAACAUUCUAAUAUUAAUUCUACCAAGUGAAGUGCAAGAAACCACAUCAUUCAAGUCCACCUUAUCACAACCCGCACACCCGAUUACCUAUAUAUACAUGAACUUACGGUUACAGCUCAACAGCUGGCCUCUGUAGCUCAGUUGGUUAGAGCGCUGCACCGGAAUCGCAGGGCCGUAGGUUCAUUUCCUACCAGAGGACCUUGUGCUGCAUUUUUCGCAGUCGUUCCUGGCCAGGUCUUAAAAUGUAUAUAAUCACUUGGAUUAGAAACCCUAACAUUCUAAUAUAUACAACACGCGAGAUGGCGUGAGCAAUUCACCAUUGGAAGUUUUUUAGUUCAUAUUCCCGAGGAAACGAUUAAUGACCACGCGAUUCUUGUAUAAGGAUUUUGUGAGGAUUACUAUAUCGAACGACCUUAACCCAUGCAGGGCUUUCAAAAGAAGCCAGUUACCGGAGGGCUACAUUACCCCCGACCGCCUGCGGCAAUUCAGUUAAGAUGUCUUCAAUCUUCCUGCUGACAGUGCUUCCACAACCGCACAGUCAAGAAUCUUGCCACUGUUAAGAGUUUUCUGUAGAUUGGAAUUUCGCUUCAACGUUUGUUUCAUCGAACGAGAUGCCCGAAAUUUAGAAUUUAACAUAGAGUGCACUGCACUAUAUCUCCCCUAAAUUGGCUUGAAAUGCCUAUCUCCCUAGAUACACAACCUUACCACCUAAAUUUUAUACUGACUGAAAACCCUGAGUUUGCUACUUACUUUCAGUCAAUUUUUUCGCGAUAUGUAAUUUUUCAAUAGUAUUUGAUCAAUACGAAUCACAGCAUUUGGACUCAACGUGUUGCAUCACAAUGUCAAUGAAUCAUAUGUAACAUGCGAUCACUCAGUGAACGAAUAGCAAGAGCAUAUAGAGUAAUAGCACACGACGUAAGCACGACAGUUCUUUGGAGGGUAUAGCUCUGUUGGAGAGGAUGCACGCUACGUUUAGCAAGGCUGCUGUAACCACGAACUGAAGUCAAUUUGGCUGUCAAGUAGGUACUCAAGCUACCGACCAACGACUAUCCCGGCUUGGCAAAUCCCAAUGAUGCCGAGAAUUCACCUCUCCAACGCCAUCCUCCAGCGCAGCUGGAGAAGGGAUACGAGGCACGAACCCCCUCCAAAGGCGUUCCCAACCCCCAAGCGUAACUCAGACUAACCGCCCUAGUCGGAAACCCGAUUAGCCCCCCGCCGAAAUUCGGUGAGGACGAGUGGAGUAACGGCCGCCACAGGGGUAUUAACCCCUACAGGUACACGAGCUAAAGAAAUAACGGGCAAUAAGCUGCAAAACACUGGUAUAAUAAUACAAACAAAGUUAACGUAAAUACAAACAUUAUCGCGAAGUAGCACGCCAAGUACCUUAGUACCAUGUCAAUAAAGAAGUACAUAGCAAAUAAUAGACGGUAAUAGUAACACACCAAAAGAGGAACCUGCCCCAACAUACCUGACGCCUCCCACAAACCUGCACGUUGCAUCCCCAUAAGCUGAUUGUUAGCGGCAGCUGGUGUUGUUAAUGGCAAGCCAGAGCUCUGCGUAAGGCCUAAAGCCUGCUAUUGAACGGGAUUCGGGAGCGCCUGCGGAAGGAUGGGAUUUACUAGGCCCUGCUCAGUGGUAGGGAGUCAAGGGCGGCUGUGGGAUGGGAUUGAGCGUCGCCUGCUGGAGGAUGGAAUUUAGCGGCGCCUGCUGGUGGAUGGAAGUUAGCAGGAAUAGCAGCGCCUGCUGGUGGAUGGGAUGUAAUGACUGAGCCGUGUUAAAAGGGACUGGGCCAAGGUGACAAGAUGGCGGACCAGAAAAAAACAAGGACGAAGGAGACACGUAUGAAAACAUUGGUUGUGACGCUUGUUGUAGCAUUGGAGGUCGAUGCUGUAAGCUGGAAACCGGCCAGGGGGGAUGAGGCAGGUAUGGAAGUGGGAAAGCAGUGGCAUUGAACGAUGGAAUCGGCGACAAAAAGCUAUUGCUUAUAGGCACCGCAGCAGACGAGUAGACGACGAACCGAACAGCCAGCGAGGGAACACUGCGAGGCAGGAACGACCAAGGGAGCGGGAAAACAAACUGUCGAGCACGACGAAGCUUUGACCACUGAAAUCACAGCAGUAGAGGAACUUGGGGGAAAAUAACCAAGGAGACGUCGACAUAAGACAUUGCUCUCCGAAGAAUGACCAACGGUGGACGGAAACGAAACAGCCGUCAACAACGAAGUAUCCAACGAAUUUGUUGAACUUAGACUAAAGCCAGCUAAGCUAUUAUUUGUUAAUCUCGGCAUUGACCAUUGUAAAGGAGAGAAGAUGUUGUGAACUUGAAGGUCUGCAAGCAAUGAGCUAUACCUGUGAACUCCACGGCUUAAAUAGUCUCGGUAAACCUGCAUAAUAACUAAUAUGAAUAUAUAACUAGAAGUUACUAACGCAAGGAAAUUGCUGCCUCGCGGCCAAAACUUUGGGUUAGGUUGUUCAAAAUCUGUUUAUAAUCCGUGGAUAAUUCAAAAAUAAAUAACACUAUAAUGGAAACAUCACACUAUCAUAAUUUUUAAACAAUGAAAAUCGUAUUUUAUUGUAAGAAUCGCGUGCAUAUAUGUUACAACAAUAUUCUAAUUAUCUAAAAUUAAGAAAACAGUUCUCUGUAAUGAAACAGGUCAUUUUCUGAGCACUCCAAACAAUAGUAGCUAAUAAAAAUUAAGAAAUUAUGGAUAAUUCCACGGCUUAUUUCUCCAACAAUAUAUGUAUAAUGUGACCCACAGGGCUACCUCCACACAUUUAGCUAUUUAUUCACUAAGGUUAAUGUCACUAAUAUUCUUAGACACAAAGUCAAGUGUGGUCACUUCUAGAGUAAUAACCUGGAAUGACUCACAGUUAAUAACACUAUUAAUAAUGGAUAAAUAUAAUGCACAAGAGCCAAGGACUGUUAAUACUAUUAACAAUGGAAAUAAAACAUUAUUAUGUAUACCAUAACAAUAGUAUUAUACAGGGUGUCUCAAAAAAACCCAAAAUCAUUGAAAUAACGUAUUGUUCGAAUUUCAAUGCCGUAACACAAAGGAUUUUGACAGGGUGAUUAAUUUGUUUUAAAAAAUUAAAAUAUCUUUGUAAAGUGAACGUUUGUUUGCUCAUGGGAAUUUAAAAAUGCUUCGUAAAUUGUAAUAUGCGUAAUAUGCAUUCGUGGGUUUAGUACUUUAUGCCCGACAUAACAAGUUUACGCUGAGUAUUACCAUUCAUUAUAGCAGUUAUGUCAAUCUUUUAUGCACUCGUGGGAUUAACUUAGUGCUAGGGCAUUGAAUAUCGAACAAUACGUCAAUUUCAAUGAUUUUGGGUUUUUUUGAGACACCCUGUACAGUGUGUCCCAAAAAAAAACGAAAAAACAUUGAAAUAACGUAUUGUUAAAAUUUGAAUGCCCUAGCACUAAGCCGAAUGCAAAGUGCGAAAGAUGCUUAAAGUAUUAAAAAGGGUGCAUAUAUUAAAUAUUGACUUAUUAAGAAAUUAAAAUAUCUUUGUAAAGCACACGAUUUUCUGCUCUUGGGAAUUUAAAACAGCUUCUUAAACGGUUUUUUAUGCAUAAAAUUUACUUAUGUCAAGCUUUGAUGCACGUGUGGGUUCAGCAGAGUGCUGAGGCAUUCAAAUUCUAACAAUACAUUUAUUUCCAUAGUUUUCUUUUUUGGGGGACUCCCUGUAUAUACCAUAACACUAUUAAUAAUGGAGUGCAUAACACUAUUAUAUAUCCUGUCUUAUUUAUUACAAAAAAACUGUCAAAAGCUACAUAUCUUGUAAGCAGGUGAACUUAUUAAUGAUCUUAUGACACUAUACAAGGCUAUACAACACUAUCCAAUGUUAUACAAGACUAUACAACACUAUAUAAGGCUAUACGACACUAUACGACACUAUACAGCGUUAUACAGGACUAUGCGGCACUAAACAAGACUAUAUGACACUAUACAAGAGUAUACAACACUUACGACACUACACAGUAAUAUACAAGGCUAUACGACACUAUACAAUACUAUAUAACGUUAUACAAGACUAUAUAACAACAUAUAAAGGCUAUACGACACUAUAGGACACUAUACAACAACAUACAAAACUAUACAAUACUAUACAACGUUAUACAAGACUAUCAAAAUUACGACACUAUACAAGAGUGUACAUGACAGACUAUACAACACUACACAACGUUAUGCAACACUAUACGACACUAUAUAAGGCUAUACGAUACUAUACAAUGUUAAUUAUACGACACUAUACAACACUAUAUGUCAUUUCGAUGUUUUCCUUCAUGGUUGAGUUAAUAGUUAUAUACCCUGUGCCUGUGAGCAGAGCCUUAAUACCAAGUCUUCGUAAAUCAUAACAACAUUUGCCAACAUUGAACAUGCCUGCAUCAUGAUUCUGUCAUAUUUAAACGUUCAAUAUAAACUUAUUACUCAUAAGUAAACAUUGUCAACACCUUAUACUAAUAAUUGGCUAAAACGUACGUGCAAAAAAUAAUUUUCUAACGAAAUUAUUGUCUUUUAUUUGUGAAGAAAUUAUCGUUUUUUAUAUUUUUCAUCAUGGCGGAAAGUACAGAACGAGAGCUUUACGGCGACUUACGAGCAAUUACCGACUGACAGAAAUCCAAAUUUCUUCUAUAUUUUGAAUCAAGCUGCAUCGUUAUAACUCGGUCAAGGAAACUGGCACGAGUCAUAACGUCAAAAUCAGUUGUCAAGAAUAGUGUGCUGCCUACGGCAGCAAUUAAUAUAUACAUAAACAACACGCACAUAUUCGUUCUCGAAGUUAAUUAUUUUUAUUGCAUAAAAUCAUUUAACAUUUAUAAUGUUGUAGGUUUGGUGCAUAGAAAUAAUAGGUAUCUAUUAUUUCUAUGGUUUGGUGGCGGUUUCGAUUGGCGCGGGAUUAAAUCAAGAAUCCCGAGGCCGAGCUCAAAAUUUCUUACUAUCACGCACGUUAUCCGCAGGUUUUUCUUCGCAAAACAAUCAGUAAUUUCUUGAAUUCCUGCAGGAAUCCCACCACCUUCCAUUUCGUUCCACGUUAUCAAGCGUCGCUCGUACUUUUGCACCCUCCCACAUGACAACAUUAAGAACGUUUAGUUUUGUUGUUUACGUUUUUUAAAGCGGAAAACCUCUCCCUACUCUGCAUAACAGGAAAAUAUAUCAAGUGUUUUUAAGAGGCAUUUUUUCUCUCUAUCGAGUGUCGUGUAUUUGCCGAUGAAAAGCUAUCAUAAGCUAAACCUUUUUUGGCGUACCUGUCAAAUUACAUGGUUUUAGCCAUAUUUGUUAGUUUAUACAAUUGUCCAGCUGAGCCUGAGAAGUAGUAGAAAAUUGUUAAUUAAAAAACAAUUUAAUUAUGCUUCAAAAUUGACGCUAUAAUCACCGCAAUAUAAGCAUGUUUUCUCUUUGUAUACUAUCGAAAUAAAUAGACUAAAUUCUGUUCAUUUUAGUAUAAUUUAUAAUUACAGAUGAAGCAUUGAGAAACGUAUCAAGAAUUAAAAAUUCUGAAUGCAUAUAGUCAUAACCAUGUGGUAUAUUACACUCGCUAGUUUUGAGCGCGUGAAUUAAAUAUAUCUAGAGUCUUUCUAACCUGCGAUCAGGCCUAUAAAUAGGCCUGAUAUACAAACCUUAACAAAAGUCCAUGCCUUACAACCGUAUUUCGGUUGUAAAUCUGAUUGGUCUAUGAGACAAAAGAAUCUCCACUUGACUAUCUCCACUUUGUCUUUGUCAUUGUAUACGGAACUUUGGCUGAGUAACACUAGAUCACAGAAUAUACACUUGUUGGCUUCUAUGAUUUUGGCGUAAGCGUUGCAAUGCUGUCGCCAUGUUCCUAGCCAGUGCGCUUAGUGGGCUUCGGCGGCGAAGUGGUUAGUGCACUUGCCUUUCACAUCUAAGGUAGCCGCUGGUUCAAGCCUCAGUGCAUUCUCGUACCCAGAGCCCUUUUUACGCGCGGUGCGACGAGGGGCUCUGGCCAAAUCCAUAUUCCGAACUGGCAUCUGAUUGGCUAGUUCUAACACCGGACAUUGUUUUCUUACCAUGUUUUUGUGGUAUCCGGUUAUGGAUUUGGCCAGAGCCCCUCGUCGCACCGCGCGUAAGAAGGGCUCUGGGUACGAGAAUGGCCUCAGCGAGGACUUCUCAAUGUGACUCGAACUCAGUGCUCAUGUGCAUGAAAAGAGUAAAAAGUCAACGCUCUGCCGAAAGUCGUGGGUUUUCUCCGGGUACUCCGUGUUUCCUCCCACAGGGAAAGUUGACAGGGUGGGUUAGGCACAUAGGUCUGGAGGCAGAUCAUUAAUGAGGUAUGGACUAAUAGCGGCAGCUGCUCAAGCGCCAUUUGUAAGCUCAAAGUCUACCUUGGUCUGCUUCACGUCAGUCCGGUUCUAUCUAUUCAUAAUGUAACCAGUCACUGAAAAGCUCCGAUAGGGAGUGUGCUGUGAAAUAUCUGUUUCCUUCUACUUCACUACGUUCAUCCGAAGGAAAAUCAUUUUCCUUCUCCUUUCCACUAAGCACAUAUACACAAACAUUGGUGGCAGGCGACGUGCAAGCACUUGCCUGGCAAAAUAACUUUUUAUUAAUUAUUAUUUAUUUUGUACAAUUGAUUUGAUUUGUUUAUGAUAUGGACAUAUAUUAUCUGUGUUCACUUAUUUCCGAUAUUAGGUAAUAUCUUUGUUAAAGUCAAUCUACUUUCCAAAGAGUCUUGCACAUACACGUCUUCGAGUUAUCAGAUUUCCAUCUGCCUUGAAGUUUAAGCAAACGAUUCAAAUUAGGAUUGUUCCCUUGAGAAGUUGCCAUGAAUAACGCUCCGCCAGAUCGUAAACUAUGCGUACUGUACUGCUUGGGAUCAAGACCAAUACUAGAUAUAGUCUCCUUGAUGAUUUCACCCCUUGAUGAGUAUAAAUUAAUCUGGCAUUAGAUAGAGUAAAAUAAUAAACGCUACUAACUCUUGACGAAGGGCCUUCUCUCGAAACGUCGAGUUUCUGCUUAUUUUUUAAGGUAGUAAUAUAACCACUCAGCACAGCAUUUUUAAAAUAAUAUAUUACACCUUCAAAAUUUGCCCUCCAUCAGGAUAACGACCCAAUAUAUUUACAAUAUGAUCAGUUAGCGGGGGUUCUUUCUGACCAAAUGGUUUCUUAAUACCGGUAUCUGAGAAAGGGUAAAGAUAAUUUAAUAUUGUUAAUUGUCUUUGUAAUUCUUUGAAGAAAACAUUAUGUCUUUUCAUUCUAUGUAAUUAUAGAAUAUGGAAAUAAUAAUGAUUUAUAAUGACAAUAUUUCCACAAGGUGGCUCUUAACCUGCCAUAACUAACUAAAUAAAUACGUAACCUUGUGUAACUAAUACGUUUAGAAGCAAGGGCAGCUGCUGUUUAACCACGACGGGAAGCUUGGAGGUAUCUGAAGAUAUACUCGUCUGAAUUUGGGUGAAUGCUAGCUAAAGAAAAUAACGAAGAAGCAAAGCAUGUGGACACAUUUGUCCGUUAGUUCGUGCGAUGAAAACCUGAUUAUCAUUGCAAUACUGGUCGAUCUUACUCGUAGGAACGAAUAGUACGAGAUUAUCGGGAUUGACAGUCAUGUCCUUCGCCUUGAUGCUGGUUAGCGCGCUGGCACGAAAAAACCCAGAAAAGCCCAGAACGCUCAAAAAUGCCGUACGCAGAUAUUUAAGCUCGAGUCAGGCGUUGGCGUACUUAGCCGCUAUCUUAGCUAAUGUGUCGAUAAAAAUUGGCUACUUAAUUUUUUACGGUGUAGUGUGAUGGGAUCGUUUACCAGCCUCUAUAAUAUUUCGGAUUAAAAGUGUAUCUGUCGGGUUUGAAGCUAGGGGAACAAGAUCAUGAACCCACUAUAUGGCGCAUUGGGAUUAUAGUGUAACGCUAUCCGACUUUUGUGUUUCCAUGAGGUUGGAAAGAUAUUGCACAAUAACCAGGGUAGUGUAGGGAAAUUUUCCAGGGAGUUUGGAUUCCAUCAUGAAGUUGGUAAAUGUUCAGUAUUGGGUGAGAUAACUCUGAACAGUAGAACCAGCUCGAGAAUGCAGGACUUGACAAAAUAUUUGUUGCCUUAUAGCCAUAACGGCCACUACCCAACAAGGAGCACAAACUAGAUCCUGAAAAACACAAAUCUACAGUUAUAUAAAAAUCUCCAAACAUGUUGUAAAACGUGAUGGGCUCUACAGCCACCCGGCAAGUGCAGUCCCCUACUACACGACGAAACAGGCAUCUGCCUAUUCUUUAGCCACCCGGCAGAGAGUAAUUAGUUAUAUAUAAAAGGCGUUCUCCUUUUCCCAAGCCAUCCAGCUAGGACUAUAUAUAAUAGGCAUUCUCCUUUUCCUAAGGAGCAUUCUCCUAUUCUCAAUAUAUAACAUGGAAUUCUCCUUUUCCCAAGCCAUCCGGCUAGGACUAUAUAUAAUAGGCAUUCUCCUUUUCCUAAGGAGCGUUCUCCUAUUCUCAAUAUAUAACAUGGAAUUCUCCUUUUCCCAAGCCAUCCAGCUAGGAUUAUAUAUAAUAGGCAUUCUCCUUUUCCUAAGGAGCGUUCUCCUAUUCUCAAUAUAUAACAUGGAAUUCUCCUUUUCCCAAGCCAUCCGGCUAGGACUUCACGCCACAACCGCCAAUUGAAACAGUUUGACACAAGUAUAUUUAUGCAUUAAGUUAAGUACACACUAACAACAACAGACACUCCUACAGUAUGCAUUAACAGGAAUUCAUGCGCCAAAAUAAAAAAUAAGUUGAAAUAACCGACACACUUAAGAACAGUGACUACGAGAAAAUUAAACGAAAAUCUAUGAGAUACCCUGUCCAUGCACGAGCUGGAACCAAGAAGGGACUUAUGAUUAUGGCCAUGCAUUAGAACUUAGUUAUCAACUAAUACAAUGUAACCUUUAUGUAAACAGAAAAACGGGAAAUAAGAAAAGGGCAGAAGGCCAUUAACGCACGACAAAAGUGGCUUUACAACUGUGAAAUAAACGCUAACACCCGAUAAACACGAGGGUCCGGGGGUACUAAAAGGGCAUUUGCCCCCUCCCAUGAGAGAAAUAAUGCAUCUAUCCCCGCAGAACCUGGGUUCCAAAAUCUUGAAUAGAAUUUUUGCACUCUGCAAUUGUAACAGUCAGCAAAACAAUCUACGGUGGGCCAAACCUUGCCUCUAACAACGUAAACAAGCUCUGAAGAACCUUGUCAAAUUUAACAAUGCGUUCACUAAUAAUACUAAUGGUGCCGGUUUGCCCAUUCCAGUUUAAUCCGAACCAAGUAAGGUAUUGUGUGGGCUGCCAUACGCAUUUCUCGACAUUAACUAACAACCAAGCGCUAGAUAGAUCUGAGCGUAUUAAGCCUGAAUUGCUUGUACAAGUUUGUAUGUCUCUGUCGAUGUCAAACCCAUCGUCUAAAUAAAUCCCAUUAUUUAUCUCCCGAGUCUCCUGAGAGCGCUAAUGUUUAACUAUAGGCCAUAACAGUUUUGUGAAUAUAUAGGGAGCUGUACAUGUUGUCAGCCAAAAUGGCAGGACAGUGAACAUAAAAUAACUUGGCGUCGCGUCAUUCCUCUUCCAAAUAAAGCCCAAAUAGGGCUGAUGUUCAGAAAAUAUCCAAGUAAUGAUACCCAGAUUUCAAGUCCGGCAAAUUUUGUGAAAAACGACCCACUGUCGAAACACUGCAAAGCUGCACGCCAAUCGUCAAAUUUUUUGGUUUGCUUGUAGACAUGAUUGCUCAAAUCUCAAAUCUUAGAAAUAGAGAUAUUAUCUAUUAUUUAUUAAAUAUUAUUGUCUUAAAAAUAUUUUUAAAAUAAUGUCUGUAAAAUAAAUCGUUCUUUCUGUUUGUUCACUCAACAAGAUAUUUUUAGAUAUAUUAUGGCUAUAUGCAAGACAAGACAAUUAUGAACUUAGUUGCCAAAUACUGUUUUUAGCAGGAUUUGAAAGUUUAAAUUAGGUUAUUAGUAAAUUUGUUAUAUUUUUGUAUGUAAUGUAGUGGUAGAUUUUUUAUGUAUGUAUAAAAAACUGGUAUGCUGUUGUUGAUUAAAUACAUAAAAUGUCAAAUCGAAGAUCAGCGCCGUUUGCCACCGGGCUGAGUAGCUACGGAAAGUGGGCUACAAGGUAUUUAGUCAUGUUCUUCCACCUGAACAAUUUUGUCAGUGAUUUAUAGUAAUUGAGUGAUAGAAUCAAACACAAACUGGCAAUUAUCAAAAGCAGACGAGUUAUUUGAAAAAUAGCUGGAUUUGGAGGUUCGCGGAAAGGUAUCUUGUAUCCUUCCUGGAUAGUGUCAAUGAUGAAAUCUGAUGCUUCGAUAUACUUCCAAAAUUGAAUAUGAGCUCUAAGCCUCCCUUUUACUUUUAGAAACGAAACCGGGGUAUUGCUAGAUAGCUGCUUAUAUUCACAGGUAUUAGAGGAAAGUUGUACCUGAGUUAUGUCUUCAUAAACAUCUUGCAAUGGAUUAUCGGCUAACGUUUACUCUCUCCCCUGAGCUGCUCGGGGCUGUGGAUCUUGGAAAAUAUCCUGGUUCAAACUGACUGGGUCGUGUCGAGGCAACAUUUUGGGCAGCUUGAGCUCCAGUGGCUACCACACCGAAAGCACAUGUCUGUUAGACUAGGGAUUCGACGGCCUAUUAAAGAAAAACAAAGUGGCACGAAACAAGAAACGAAAACUACAAUUUAUAAUAGACUUGAAAAUAUAUAUUGAUAGAUGUAAAACCAACGCGUUUUGCCAGUGUCCGAAAGCACAUGUCGGUUGGACUAGGGAUUCGACGGCCUAUUAAAUAAAAACAAUUUAAAGUGGAACGAAACAAGAAACGAAAACUGCAAUUUAUAAUAGAUUUGAUAAUAUAUAUUUAUAAAUGUAAAACCAACGUGUUUUGCCAGUGUAGUGCUUCACGUGAUGUCCUACUGAGCAGACUGCUCAUAUUUAUAGUCUCAUGCAAAUGCCUGUCGCGAUUUGCAUCAACGAUUACAUGCUACGUUCACAUCCGAAGGAAAAUUCCGUUUCCUUCUACUUCACUACGUUCAUCCGAAGGAAAGUCAUUUUCCUUCUCCUUUCCACUAAGCACAUAUACACAAACAUUGAUGGCAGGCGACGUGCAAGCACUUCUGCACUUGCCUGCCCCUUGAUAAAACAAAGAAGGGGAAUAAAUUAUCUCGAAAAAACAAUUGGUCGUUAGAACCAUGACUAUCAUCAUUAAAAUAUGGCGUCGAAGGUCAUCUCGCUUUAUCUGUCGUGAUGGCAUUGACUCUUGUGCGUUUCGGAUUCCUUUUUUCGUAAUCAGAAUCGCUGGCGAGGCCGUCUGCUUCAUACUCUUUCACAGCCAACCAGCCCGCCUCGCUCUUGUCUGCCAAUUUAAUUUCUUCUGUCGCUGCCGUAAAAGCGUACCGGCGUCGAUAGGUUUUAACUCUGUUGCUGUAUCGUCUUUCCUCAACGCAGCAGCAGUAUUAGAUAGGAAAUCUUGAACUUCGUUGUUGAACAAAAAUCGAUCAUGGUUGCCGCGAAAGUUGAGACUUCCGUAUGCCUUCGGCCUGUCGUUCUAACUUUAGAGGUUGUGAGUGAGAUCACUGAGAUGCAACACUUAACCGAGAGAACAAAUGCUCGACCUUUUGAUCUAGGUAUCGUUUAAACAGGCGAAUCGUUUGGCACAGAGUUCUCUUCGGACAUUUUCCAAAAGCAGCCAAGGAGAAAACCAACGUGUUUUGCCAGUGUAGUGCUUCACGUGAUGUCCUACUGAGCAGACUGCUCAUAUUUAUAAUCUCAUGCAAAUGCGCUGUCGCAAUUUGCAUCAACGAUUACAUGCUACGUUCACAUCCGAAGGAAAAUUCCAUAAUCCAUAAUGUAAGCUUCCGAGAGGCAUUCCCUGAAAACAUUCACAAUGGUGGACGUUCAGAGAGGUGAAUGCCUCUUGUAAGCAAGGCAUAUUUUAAAGAUUUACAAGUGGGAGCUAUAUCUUGGAAAUGGCCCAUUAAGCGAGCGCCGAAGGCACGAGUUUUGUAUGGGGGUCCAAAAUUGCUAUUUAGUACGUUUUGGGUGGCAUUUUAAAUAAUUCUGAAUACAAUAAAAAGUUCAUGUUUGACACUUUUACUCGCAAUGUGCUUGUCUUUCAACAUAUAUUUUAACUCAAAGCUACUGUAAUGUAUAAAAGUUAAAGUUUACAAACAUCCAGAUGAAUCCCUAAAGAAUUUCUUCAUAUACUCCCAUUAACUGUGAUAAAAAUAUACAGACCAAGACUUACUAUAUACAUUCACAUUUCAUGAUUUCACACAAAAAUGUGUUAAAAGGGCCCAAGGAGUGGGGGAUUUUGCAUGAGUGGGGGGCCAACAGGGGGGCCUAAUUGCCCCCACCCCCAGUAUAUAUAUAUGUUAAAAUAUGCCUUGCUUGUAAGCUAGGAACAGCCCGAACAGGGCGAGUGCAUUUCGAUGACGAAUCAUUGCGAAUACAUGCAGGCGUGGCGGCGUUACAGAUUUUUGGCUGAGUCCAACCUCUGUAUCGUAAUACUACUUUGCUUUCAGUGCUUAGAAUUCCAUCAAAUACAGCAAAAGAUGAACAUGCAUGAACAUGCAAAUGUGUGUGAAAAAGUGUUUUUAAUUCUAAUUUAAGUGCUUUCUAGAUGCAAAAUCACCACGUUUUCUUAUAUCUAUACUGCACCACUGCAACAGAACAUGCACCCAAAGUUUACAGAUCUUUAUGCCAAGUACAGUAUCUCGCAGUCUCGCACUUUCUAAAAAAGUCACAAACCAUGGUCGUUGCAAACUAAUCUGUUUCGGAUAAUUUUCUUGUGGAGAAGAAGAGAGAAGUGUAUCUCUAUUUCCUAUAACACAACAUUUAUACUCUUUAGUCUUUACCCUUCUUCAUAGGCGUAUACGGGCGACAAAAUUUUACGGGGGCGGUCGCUUUUUGUCCGACGUCUUCUGACCUCCCCGUCGCCAAUUUUUUUUUUCCCGACGGUGAACCAAAAAUUGCCCGACUUUGCCCUAUUUGGCAAAAUAAUCCCCCCCCCCUUUAGCCCGACGUACCUCGUACGCCUAUGCCCUUCUUUCAAAUGAACUUCUGCAUGCAUGGCAUUCUUGUCAGGUCUUAUAUUUUUGCAAUAAGAUAUCUGAAUUUAAUAGGAAGGCGACAGAAAGUUUUGUAUUCCAGAGGACUAUGUUCUAGCUUGUUGAACCAUCAUACGACUAGCCUGCGUAACACGCGUUUAUUUGCUUGCACGGGCGCGGCAAGAAAAAUAAGACCAUGCACAGGAUGAUUACCACAGCUACUAAUGCUACUAACUAUUUACUCGUGCCCUCGCCCCCAUGAUCUCUAUAUUUUUUUGCAUUCAAUAAGAGGUCCCAAUUUCUAUUUCAGCUGGGUUACUACCGUUACUUACAGUAUAUUUAAAUCCCGCGUCUAGGGAAAUUAUUUUAAGUUUAACAGUCGCUAUUGGAUAACAGUAUUUUUUUGCAGGAUACUUUGCGUUUCCCCUUGAAAAAUAAUCUUUUUAUGCGGCAGUCUUGUUUCCAUAGCCGGAAUGAAUUUAGUCCCUUGAGAUUUCCACAAUAUAAAUUGUAAUGUUUAUAAUAAUGUAUAGUGUGUAAUUAAAUGUACUUUCUGUUUUAGUAUUUCAGAUUUGCUAAUGGGUGAUCAGGAACUCAGUCCCAAUAAGGUAACAAUAGUUUUAGUACAAAUUCGAACGCAAGUAUAUACAUUUUUAAGUAUGAAUUUUAUACAUGAAUUUGUGUGACGCUUAUAGCAACUGGACUGUAUAUAGCUCAGUUGGUCAGAGCACUGCACGGGAAUCGCAGGACCGAGUUUCGAUUCUUGCCAGGGAUUUAUAGUUUCAUUUUUCCCAACUGCUUCUGGUUAGGUCAAAAGUUUUUAUAGAUUUGCGUUCAAAUAUCCCAUCUACAAAAAUCCAUCUACUACUAUAUUCACUUUAGUAUUUUUGCACAAGUGAACAUAUCAAAUCCUACAAGUUGAUUGGUCAAAUUUGACGUAUUAAGCUGUUAUAUUCACCUACAGGUGAUUUAGGUGAAUAUAACAAAACAGAAAUUUUCAAAUGGAGGCUAGCCGUUUUGUGGAAGUUACUGAUAAAGAAAUAAGCGAAAUUAAGAUAAAUUCAGUCCCAAAAAAAAACACAAAAGACUCGUGCAAAAAUACUAAAACAAUUAUUCGCCUCAGGCUUGGUGAUUAUCGGGGAAUAUUCACCUCGACUUCGUCUUGGCGAAUAUUCCCCGAUAAUCGUGCCUUCGGCGAAUAAUUGUUAAAUAGUCUAUACCGCUAUACUUAACAAUUAGACAACGAGGCCGAGUUGUCUAUGAGCGAAUAGUCAACGAGGCGAAGCCGAGUUGACUAUUUGCUCAUAGACAACGAGGCCGAGUUGUCUAAUUGUUUUAGUAUAAACUUUAACAUUAAUUUACAACUAGGCUACAAACACAAUACAAAAAUACACAAAAAACAUUAUAAAACCAUUAAAGGUAAACAAAUAUUUUAGUUUUUGUUCGCGUAAAAUGUUUUACAAAAUUCAGUUUUAAUUUUAAAAUUUCAUUGAGUGUAUGUUAUUUUGUCUAUUUUCUUACCCUUAAAAAUUGCCAUUCCAUAUUUUUGUUGCUUUUAUCGGGGGGUUUUAGUACAGAAUUGUUCAACAAGUCGUCCAAAAAAUCAUCAGACACUUCGGCAAAAGUGCAAAACGCGAAUUUUCCGCCAUUUUGAAUUUUCUAUUAGUAGGCUAUCACUAAUAGCCUACUAGUAGCGUAGCCAAUCAGAAGGCACGAUAUGUGAUAGCCUAUUAGUAGGUUUAUAUUAAUACUAAAUAGUCUAUACUAUACUACUAGUUUUAUCGAGAUCGAACGAGAUGCCCAGAAAUCUUGAUAUUUAAAUGUUUUGACGUAUUUUUGUAAUAUAGCAUUUAAUUUUAAUCCUUUUUGGGGGUGUUGUUGGUCUUUUAACAAUACUUUAACUCAUGGAUUCUUGCUUAUGAUUGAACAAAAAAUCCAUUGUCUUAUGCGAGUCGGAUUUAAACUCGUAUACUGCCGGCAUUCCGGUUUACCUUACACAUUGUGCUAUAGCUACUGAUAUAGUACCGAGUCAAGUGCGAUUGGUGGCAAUCAGCAUUACUAAACAGCGUAGGUUUUAAGUUUUGACGUUUUCCAAAUUUUCGGAAAUUUUUAAAAUAUUUAAUGUGAUAUUUAGCGGAGGAAUUCAUUUUAUGUUUGCGGUAGAGAUGGCUGAUUACUAUCCCUUGUCUAGAAGAUGUGUUGACAGCAUGAUGAGCAUGUAAUAUAAGACCCAGAUAAUACAUUCUUUUCCUGUAUUUAAAUAUUCUUUAAAUUAUUAUAAUUCCUCAUUAUUGAAUAUAUGCCAAAUUCUUUGAAAAUAUUCAUCUUGCCAACUUACGCUAUUUUUAAUUCUCUAAUACCUCUAUUUUCCUGGUGAAAAUAUCAUAAAAUGUUUUGAAUCGUUUUCCAAAAAUGACGUACUGUAAUUAAUAUGCAACAUUCAGAAUGUUUAAUAAUAUAUGGGUAUAGGUUUCAAGUGUCUGAAAAAAUAACACAAUGGCAGUCGUAUGCGUUUCAAGUUUAUGUGGAAAUCUUCAGUAAAGUUUCUGUAGUAAUUUAAUACAGUUUUCAGUUUUAAUAAUUGGCUGGUAAUGAGUGAGUGAGCGAGUGUGUGAAUUUAUUUACUAUUUACGGUGAGAUCUUUCAUGGCUAUUUUCUAUCGAGAAUGGAAUGUAAAACUUCCAGACGCAUCAAAUGACCUGUGAUCCUGUUGAGAUACUAAAUUAAGGUCAGAAGGUGUUUUCUGCAGUGUGUUAACUUGUCAUAUAAACCUUGCCACAAAUAUACAUACACUUAUAAAGGUUGAUGGUUUCUAUAAACCACAUCGCACAUGGUUAUAUAUAACAGAUCUAAGCUAAUGGUCCUUGAUCGUGUGUGGUAUGUGGCAUGUUAAUGACUUCAUCAGGAUCCUGUGCUAUCUCAGUGUUUCGUUUCUUUAUGGUUGCAAAUAUUUCGGUAGGUACCCGUAGGUUCUUACUUGAUUUCUACAGGCGGCGAAUAGUAUGUAGCCGUUUACUUGUUCAAGUUAUGUAUACUGUAUUCGACUAUCGUAUAUACAUAAUAUGUUACAGAAUACAGUAUAUUUUGAGUAAUAUAUGGGUAAUAAGUGCGCGGUAAUUUAAAGGACUCCUUUCAUCAUGAGGCCAGGUUUAAUGAUUUUUAAGAAAUGCCAUUAAUUGUCACAUGUGAGUGUGCUUUCCUGCGAUAACCUCAGGUUAUGGUACAUUUUGUACUCUGUUUAAGACUGUGGAUAUUGUUUACAUGGCGCGUGAUAGUGGCUUGCUUAGACGAAAGACGAUAUUCAGCUGUGCAUUGCUGUGCAUCUUUAAUGUUUUACUGUUGCCUUUGAGCUGUAUUAUUUUGAUGAAUAUGUUUAGUGGAAAUUAUGCUCGUUAAUUUGUGCGUCUUUUGAUAAAAGAAGGUUGAGUAGGAACUAGUACUCGGCCAGUAGCACUCGUUCUUCGUUCAUUUCCAAAUUGCAAUGGUUAUUAUGAUUACCGGUUGGUAUUUUAAUAUUGUAUGAAUUGUUUUACAGUAAUAAUGAGUGUGAAAUUUGAAUUAAGGCGUGAUUGAACUGGGUUGUUAAUGGCUAUAGCUUUAGUGUACCACACAUAUUAUACAGAUGACAGUACGUAAUAUAUGUAUGGUGUAUCGUAUUGUAAUUCUAUAUUGUGUAUCCGUAAUGUAUAUAUUGUAAAAUGUACCUAUUUCGACUUACCAACGGAUUAUAAAAUAUAAGGUGGCAGGUAUUAACGGGGUUAAGUUUAUCUUUUAUACUGAUUCUAAUUUGGGAUGUGCAAGAACUAAUCGUGUACGUAUUAAUGAGGUGUCCAAAAUGUAAACAUUUAUGUUACGGCUUAGACCACAGUUCUUAGUCAGAUUUGUUUUGAAAUGCAAUAACUUUUUAUCUACAACAUUUUUUACAUAAUGUCAACAUUUAGCAGUUUCUAUGACUUGGCUGUUGAAUAGUGUGAUUGUUUGGAGAUAGAAUCAAUGAAUCAUGUCAAUACAGCAAGUCGCGCGAGUCCUGCUUCAUGUGUUUCCACAUGAUUUGAAACACAGUGGUAGAAUUGCUUUUAUCGCUCCUUUUCGUUCUCCAUGGAAAGCCAAAAUAGAGCAUGCAGCUGUCAACAGUAAAGAGAGCAGUUUGCAGCCACUUGUUCCUGAGAAGGCUGAAUGUUGACAAAGCUGGCUUAACACGAAGAGGUGAUUUACAUUUUAAUUGGUGAUUCUUAUCUUACGUCAUCACCGCCAUUUUGCAGAAGCACUGGGUACGAGAUGAUUGCGUCAUCACCCGAUCCGCCAUGUUUGUAGAGUCCUCAUCCAUGUAUUGUAGAAGUUCAUUGUUAAACAUUAACCUGGCCAGUUCAGUUUAGUUUACAAGCAUUAUUUUCAGUCGGACAUUAAUCACCACAGGAUCACCAUAGACCUUUUCCGCUCCCACACCAUGCUAUAAUCUUGAAAUUAAAAGAGUAAAAGCGUCGUGAUUUUUGCAGUAUGAUAUGACAUGAUGACAGUGUCACAGUGAAGAACUAAUUACAUUGAGACGAUCAUAAUAAUAAUAAUAAUAAUAAUAAUAAUAAUAAUAAUAAUAAUAAUAAUAAUAAUAAUAAUAAUAAUAAUAAUAACAAUAAUAAUAAUAAUAAUGAUUUAUUGGUAAUAUAUCCACAGAGUGGCUCUUCGCUUACCAAAUUAUAUAAAUUAUAAAGUAUUCAUAAAGUCUAUAAACUAUUUUACCAACAUUACUGCAAUAUAACUUUGAAUAUAUAACGUGUUCGACAGGACAAAAUAUUACUUACAAAAUUACGAAAUUAACUAAGUUAGAACAAAACUGUACGAAACUAUAUAUACAUUUAAAUAUUUCUUUCUAAGAUUAUCCAAGUCUUGACCAUGCUUUCAAGACUAAGAAAUUUUUGGUCUCAUUGUAGAAUACUCUGCAUGUAGUCUCUGCAGUUCCUAAUUUCUUCUGGUAAUUGGUUAAAAAGAUGUGCUGAUUGGUCCUGUAAUGUGUUCUUAAUUAAAGGGACUUGAAGCUGAGAGCCUUUGCUUGAUCUCAGAACUCGAGAAUGUUGAACCAAUUGUAGUUUUUGGUAACUUGGCCAAUUUUCAUCGUAAAGCGCUUUGUAACUUAAUUUUAGAACGUUCCAUUCACGUUGUUCCUUGAUAGGCAACCAGUUUAACGAUAAUACGUCCGCUGAUCUAGCGAAUUUACCUAGCACGAAACUAGCUGCUGCUUUCUGUACCCUUUGUAGGCGUUUCUGUAAGUACUCUGGCAGUGAAUGGUAAAUUACGUCGUUAUAGUAUAGUUUAGAUAAGACAAGAGCCUGUACUAAGUUCUUACGGAUUUUGAAUGGUAAACUGUUUUUAGUUUUCUGAGCGUGGCAAGGGUGGAGUAACAGGAUGAGGCGAUGUUUUUAACAUUCUCUUCCCAUUUAAGGUGUUCGUGAAUGUAAGACCCUAGUAACUUUGUAGAUUUAACUCGCUCUACGUGUGUGCCAUUGAUUUCGGUAUUGAUGGAGGCAUCAUUCAGAGAAUGGGAGGAAGCCAGUUGUGCGGUGGACAGCAUCAUGACUGUGGUCUUUGAUGGAUUGAUGAUAGUGCUGUGCGCCGGAGUUCUGCUGGAGCUCCGGCGGUUUUUCCGAUGCCGGAGCAGAAUUUUGUAUGCUGGAGCCGGAGUUACGUUUUCCCAGCUCCGGCAAAAUGACAAGAAAACAAUAUAAAAUGAGACAAAUGUCAAACGAUUGUUAGUUACUGCAAACUGCCAAUUGCUGUAAAUGAAUUCAUCAUAGACUCAAACUGCCACAGCCCACAGGAACAGCGUCGAAAAGCUGUAAUACGAUCGCAACUUACAAACGUCAUGCUUUCAUGAAGCCAUCUGACUUAGCGCUACAUACUCUAAUCUGUAUAUUCAUGCCAGUUGUAGAUAACGAAAAAGUACAAAACAAAUAAAUAUCAACCUUUUGAAAAUGACAGAGUACUUUGUUUGCGUGCGAACAAUUGCGCUGUGGAGUCUGAGAGUGUUAGCGUCAUGCCUCGUGUCAAAGAUUUUUCGAGGCUGGUUUCCAUAUAGAUAUUUUCUAUCUGAUAAUUAGGAAGCGCGAAAAGGGUUAUUCAUAUAAUAAUAUUAAUAAAUGUUCUCUGAUCGUAAAACAUUUAUUUAAUAUUUUAUGAUGUGGCCGGAGCCGGAGCUCAGAGCUGUAAUUCGGCCGGAGCCGGAGAUGAAAAACCGGAGUUUGCACAGCACUAAUUGAUGACCAGGUUGGCUUCACUCGACCAUUCUUCCAGCUUGCGAACACUUGACUGUAUAUCAGCUACCGCAUAUUGGAGACUCUCGGGUUUGCAAUGAGUGUAAAGGGUUGUGUCGUCGGCGUAUUGAUGACAUUUGUCUUUGAUGUACGAUUGAAGGUCUGGAUUAAAGAUUAAUGGCCCUAAUAUAGACCCCUGAGGAACGCCGAAGUUGACUUUAAGAUAUUCAUUUGAGAAACCUAACUGACUGAGUUUCGUUAACACAGUUUUGUAUUUAAUGGUGUCAAAGGCUUUCGAAAAGACAGCUAGGACCAUGAGUGUAACUUCCCCACGCUUCAUUGCACGAAGUACGUCGUCUCUAAUAUCUAGCAGAACUGUGGUAGUUGAAUGGCCUUUCCUAAAGCCGGGUAUGUUCUCUUUCAACAGCUUUUGGGAGUCAAUGUGCUCAACCAAUUGAUAGUGUGUAAGCCUUUCAAAUACCUUCGAAAGAACUGGCAGUAUUGAUAUGGGACGCAUAUUACUGUUCGAAUUAGAGUUAUUACUCUUAGGUAUUGGAGUGAUCCUAGCGACUUUCCAAGCAUCAGGAAAUGACGAUACAGCUACAAAGGAGUUGAUGAUGUGAGUUAGUGGACCAGCAAUGAGCUGCGCAACAAUCUUGAGAUAUUUUGCAGGUAGUUGGUCUGGCCCUGUAGAUGUAUCGGAUCUGAUGCCUUUGGUUUCACGCAGAACCUUGUUGAACGUAACUGGUCGUAAAUGAAAUGCUGCAUCAUCACUAACGUUUGGUUGUAGUGUAUCGACAAAACUGAGCAGGUCGUCUUUGACGUCGGUUUCAGUAUUUCCCGUCGUGCGCUGGGUUGUAGUUACGAAGAACUUGUUUAAAUCGUCAACGUCAACUCUCAGAGGUUGUGGUGAUGGAUUUAGGACGCGAUGUAUAACACGCCAGAUUUCUUUCGGUUUGGAGCUUGAAAAAGCCUUGUUGACAAACGACUUCUUCGCUUCUUUGAUUUUCGUCUUCAACCGGUUGCGUACAUCGCGGAAAGCUUGCCAGACAUCAGUUGUGUUGAGUGUGUGGGCUUCGUGGCGCAACGAAUCUCUUUGUUUUUGAAGAUCUCGGAUGUUAUCUUCAUGUAACCAUGGCGCAGGAGGGUGGGUGAUCUUCGUACGUUUCAGAGGAGCGUGACGCUCAAUACAGUCGCCAACGAGUUUGUUAAAUAUGUCCAGUUUUUCAUCAGGAUCUUCGAUUGCAUAGAUGAUGUUAAAUGGGAGUGAUUCAAAGUCCUGAAUGUAUUCACUCUUCUUAAAAUUACGUUCGCUUCGAAUGUACUUAAAACGCGGUUGGAAACGUUCUAUACGAAUGUUUAUGCAGGGGUAAGGUGCAUCAUGAUCACUGACACUUGAGCACGGUAGUACAUCCGUGCGGUGUGUGUAAUACGCUUGGAGUUGUUCGAUAUGAUGUGGUCAAUGAGAGUUGUACUGGUCUGUGUGAUUCUCGUAGCUUUCUUAACAUGCUGUGUUAGGUCGAACGUUGAUAGUAAGUCCAGAUAUUGUUUCAUCAAAGGUGCGUCAGAAUUUAGUAAGUUAAUGUUAAUGUCGCCUGUAAGGAUCAGCAAGCCAUGCCAUGAUGUUGUAAUUUCCAACAGCAUGUUCUCCAUCUGUUCUAGCCAUUGCUGAGUAUCCAAUAUUCGAGUAGAUCUAUAAAUUGUACCCAAUAAUAGAUGACUAUGUUUGUUCCGUCCUUGGAUUUCCAGCCAUAAAUGUUCUAAAUCUGGAUCCUACGAAAUCUUCUUUGAGACCAAGGUGUAUCAGUGUGUGACAGCUUUCUGGGUUCUUCAGACGUUCGAACUAUUUUAACAGCAGUGUCGUAUUUACUCGUUUAAGCGCCGCACCCGAUUAUGCUCCGCAUUUGAUAGCAAAAUUCACAACAACGCGGCGCUUAUUUGAAGCAACGUCUGAAGAAUUGUCCGUGACGCCCAAACGUUAAAUACACGUCACCUGUAUUAACCACAUAUAUGAUCUUGACUGCCCACGUGAUCUUUCCAUUUCGCAGAGAAGUACAAUAAAAUACAAUUUUAUUUAAGGUGGUCAACGCGCUAAUUAAGCUAAUCCAACCAGUGUACGGGCAUGCUAAUAGUAAGAUGAAAAUAUACACUACUCUGUCAUGUAAAGUAAUAUUAUAUUAUAAGACGUUAUAAUUUGGCUGUCUUUAAUUUUUAUACAAUGUCAAUGUUCUACAAAUGGAACGCAGCCUCACUGAGAAUGUUCUGGGGACGACUAGAAUUUAUCAAAAUUGCAUCAAUAAGUACACUGUCUACUCAGUCGGUAGUCAAUUGGCAUAGACAAGCUCUCUUUCAAGAAUUUUUCUCCAAUCUCUUCCUUAAAUGGAACGCGGGGUUAGAGCGUACAAGAUUUUACUUUUUUACUCCUUCAAAUCAUCACACUUGUCUUUUCGGGAACGACAAGUACAUUAAUUAUGAGAUAAUUUUAUCAUGUACGUGACGAGAUAGUGCUCCUAGCUAUUAUCCUUUAUUGUUAUCAAUUCCUCAUUGGUCUGCGAACAAUAUGUAUACUGUCAAUGAAAGUAUGAGGAGUUGCGGAGGCGUAUAUAUACGUGUCGGGCAGUACAGUGUGUGGAGGCGUAAUAAUGUAACUUGCUCUAUAAGGUGUGCUCAGUAUAACUUGCGAGCGACGUUUACUGGCUUACAACGUGUGGCAUGAAAAUAUUUCGCUGUAUAAACCUUCAAGUCGCAUCGAUCUUGGUCAGCGUGACUUAAUUCUAAUAGUGUAUACGUAUAUUAUAUUCGCCAGCUUCUGGUUAAUUAUUGUAUAUGCAUGACUAAAAAUCGAAGCGCGAUUGAGGAUUUGGUUCAUAUAUAUGUUUUGGUUCAUAUACGGAAACACAUAGAAUUAGUAGGAUAAUUUGUUAAAAUAUGGUAAGUUGGCAAAUGUAUGUCAUAUAUAUACUACUUUAUAGUGGUCUCUAUAGACUCAGUUAUUUCUAUAUGAAACUCACAGUCGCCAUGUGGGACAGAUGAAUCAGGCUAGAAAGAUGUAACAGCUAUAUUUCAGUCAAUGUUGUCAUAGUCAAUUGUACAUCCCAAGCAUGAACAUCAAGAUGGGUAUACCUAAUUUUAAUAUUAAUCUAUCUAAGUCUAAGAACUUGCAUAGGUUAGUAGCUGUAUUACUUGUAAAUAUGAUAAAUACUCAUGCACCACCUGCUAAUCUCACGAGGCGAUAUAUGUAAUAUAUUUCACCUUAUAAAAGAUCGCAAUUUCCAUUAUAUAGUCCUCGCGCUUGGAGAUAGAUGAAUAGUUUAUUAUUGAAUCCGUUAUUGUCGUCCUACAGGAUUAAUUAAAUUGCGAUUAAUUAAUUUUAAACGAAUUUUUAAAAAGUUAAUUACAAUUCGAACAGCACAAUUACAAAUCACCCAUGUUCUAUAGAUAUAGUUCAAAUUAAACUAAAUUGAAAAUCCGAUGGAUUGAGGAAGGGAUCUUUCCUAGUAAUGGCUUGUAAAACUUAACUGCCGCAUGUAUAUAGUAUUGAAAAUGUUGGUAAAUCUUGUUGCUACACGAAUAAAGGCAACUGUUCUCAGGAAAUGUUAGUUCAUGUCCGUCAUUUCAUGCAGCUGUGAUGAUGAUAAGUGCAUGUAUAUAGUCAGAAGUAUAUUAGAACGUCUAAGCUUGCACGUAUAUCAAACGUCAGAUGUAUUUACAUUGGGAAGUGCUUGGAAUAAUUUUAUACUUGAUUAGUUCAGACAUAAACACCAAGUAUGGACGGAGAUAUAAAGCAUGUGGGAAAAGAAAUGACAAAGCCACCUUCUUCUCCGAGAGGGUACUUACAUGUAAACACUAAAGGUAAAGGUGUUGCAAUGAUGGCAAUACAAUCGAUGAAAUUGUUGUCCGCAUUUGGCGUAUCACAUGAUGAGGAAGAUUUUUCAGAUCAAGACAGUUCAGUACGUAUAAUCUUAUAGAUAUAUUUACGAUAUCACAUCGGUAGGAACAAGGUUUUUGUGGAUUGUAACGGAAUGUUGAAUUGGGGAGGUCUAGAACUAACCACGUCAAAGUGUUGUGGUUUAUAUUAUUAUAAGUUAAGUUUAAUAAGAUUAUAACGAAUGAUUUUGUUAACAUCACCAAUAUGACGUCCGAGAGCUCUUAACUUGACACGACAGAAAAGACGGCUGUUAAUAUAGUUGUUACACUAUUAUAAUACCGUAUAUAAACAUCAUUCAGAAUAUUUUAAACCAUGGCACGUUCCCUUUACAUUAAGCCUUGUUCGCAUGGACCCAGGAGUGAAGAAGUACCCCAGGACAUAUUGAUAUAUGAUGCGGAAGCCCGCUAUAUGUCGAACUCGCUUAUCUCGAUCUCCCCGCUAUGUCGAAGUGAAACCCAUGUCCCCGUGGAUUUGCCCCUUAUACUAUUUCAAUCUGUUUUACUUGGUUAUCUCUCGAACUUUGUUUAAUACUCCUCUCUCUCUCGAACUAUUUUUGCUUCCCUUGGAUGAAAUUUUCCCAGUUAUCUUGAAUCCUAAUGAGAAUGACUCCUGGUUAUCUUAAAUUAUAAUGACUUCAAAAAUCUCAUUUUCUUAUUUUUAUAAGGGGAUACAUGCACGUAUUUGAUUUUGCAGCGUAAACAUGUAUAUAAAACGGACUUUACUAGAUCUAGCUCUUUCGGUUGAAGAUACCUACAUGUCAUAUAAAAAACUGUAUUGAUUAGUAUAUAUAUUUCAGAUAUAAAAGCUGUAUCAGUGGAUGAUUGGAUCAAUGCAUCAUUGGAUCAUUGGACGCUAAUUUAAUUUAAUUUAAUAAUUAUUAAUUAUGUGUUGUAAUUUGACACUGAUUCGGUUAUCUCGAUCCCCGGAAUCUCGAACUUCUUUUUGUUUUCCUUGGCUGUUCAGUGUUCACGAUAGCGGGGUUCUACUGUAUUUACUUUGGUUUACGCUAUACGGCACGAAUAAAAAUGGCACCACCAAAUUUAUUCGUGCCUGUAAAUAUUGGUUCUUUCAUUAUUAUAAUUCAGACUAUUUAAUAAACUGGAUAUAUACAAAGCGUUAUCCCGAGAAAAAAAAACUACUUGAGUUACUCAAUCGCGGCGCAAAUGGACUGCGGAUCGAAUCCACAAGAAAUUCUUGAGGGACCAGAAGUUUACAUGGAGUUUCAGCUCGGGCUGUGUUUCGUCAAGUGAUUUUUCUGUAGCUUCUAGCGCGAUAACUGGCACAGACAGUUGUUCCCUAUUAUAUUACUCGCGAAAUUACUAUCACUGCAUCGGCUAAGCCAAUUCCUUCGUCUUCGACCUUCUCCUUACAUAUAACAUGCCUCUUAAUCAGAUUGGGAGGGGACUCAGAAGUCCAAAAAACAGAGAUAAGGUAGCCAGCUAUCGUUGCCUCUCUGGUAGCUAUCCUAUAGUGACACCCCUACUUUACUUAGGCUGGAGACGAUGGUGACGAUGUUGAUGAUUUUCCUGAUGAAGAAGAUUAUGCAAGUGAAGGAGAUAUGUUGUCUGAAAGUAUGAAUAUGCCAUCAAGACAACUAAGACAAGACGGCGCAUGUAAGUUUGCAUGACGUAAUUAUUACUCAUAUUCCUUCUAGAUUACAGGCAGCAGAUGGUUAUAACCUCAGAGGCUUCGGCGUUUAAAGAGCGAGCAAAUUAGAUGUCUGUAUUUACAUGAUUUUGACAUGUCAUUUCUCACUCAAGCAAUUACCGGUUGACUACCCUGUACUACACAGGUAGUGUUUACCUAUACGACUUUAGACAUGCAGGGCAUCAGGUCGUUUCGUACUCCCGUCAUGUCGCAUUCAACUGCCUGGUCGUUUCGUACUCAACUCUGGUUGAUUGAUUGAUUGUACUAAAAACACAAAGUUGAAGACAUAACUGUGGGUGAAGGGUUUUUAAUUGGUUUUACUUUCGAAUAAAUAUGUAGUAACGUGCAUAUCAAAACUAUUUUACGGAAAAUUGUUACAUUUAUAGUAUGAACCUACCUUUAUCCACCUUUUAUGGAAUUCGAACGAUUGGGUUUAAUUUACUCCAUGUUUACUCCAUAGAUUCAGUUAUUUAAUUUAGCUAUCGUCGUCGCGUUGCCGUCAAGGCAUAAGUUUUCUAGUAUUUGUGCAAGUCAUGACGUCAUAUCAGUAUAUAAGAAUACUCGACUUGCGGCAUACUAAUAUAAGAAAUACUACAAUCGAUUUUCACGAAAUUUGUGCUGGUUCUUCGAGUCCCUUUUGUGCCUCGCCGAAGUAUGCCAAGUAUAAUUUUUUUGCUCUGUGCCCGAAAUUGCGUUUCGAGAUGGGAUGUUUCGUAUAACACAGCCUGUAUUUUCUCUAUUUUCAACCACAAUGACUUACCCUCGAACGAGCAUGUUGCUUAUUUUGUUCAUAAAUAUCAUUAGUCCACUCAUUAAUAGCAUAUUUUCUUAAUUAAACAGGUAACGACAUCCUUCGUGACCAGGAUGCUGAUCUCGACAGUGUGUUGCUGAAGAUGGAAUCAGGUGUAGACUUUUGUUUGCAGGUAAUCUUCAUAUCACAGCCCAGCAUAUGAUGCCGGCUCGUAUCAUACGCUGUAUAACUUAUUAAAGGAAGCAUCUAGGAAGCUAAGAUUAAAAAUGGUUAAUUAUAGUACACAAGAUCUUAUACAGCAUUGGUAUAUAUAUGUUAUGGUAUUGUGCAGUGCAGAUUAACCUAUGGUAUGUCACUGUAGAAUAGAGUAUAUUGUUUAGUAUAAUUAGUUAUACAGGGUGUCUCAAAAAAACGCUAUGGAAAUUCAACCAAGGCCGGAUUUCGGUGGAACUAGUGGGGGAGGUGGGAAAAAAUUUAGGGGAGGUGCAGCAGUCUAGCUCAUGACCCCCAUGGAAAGUUAGGGCUUAGAACGGGUCAAUGUCAACGACGUGACGUAUGCAUGCAGUGUGCAUAUAUGUAUCAGUGUAUCAAUGAAUCAUGACUGUACAAUUUAUCCAAUUUUGCCUUUCAUUACAAUUACGACAAAGUUUCUUUCAGAACGUUGCAUUAAAAGGGUACUUGACACAGAGAUGAAUGGCUAUCACUGUUUCAAUUUUACAGAAAAACUUUGUAGACCCUAAGUCCUAAGCAACCAAAAAGUGUCAAAUUUUCACUUUGAUCUAUCAUUGAAACUUUCCCAAGGGGAGGUGCAUGACUUUUCAGGGGAGGUGCAAAAUUUCUCAGGGGAGGUGCAAAACGAUCUCAGGGGAGGUGCACACCUCCCCACACCUCUCCUCAAAGUCCGGCCUUGAAUUCAUCAGGCUGUCGUGCUUCAUAAACGUGGCUACACAAUUCAAUUUUUACAUAGGACGAAAGAACAGUUAUUUAGCUUUUCAUUGAUACUCUUUUGAAAUCGUAACGAUGAGAAAUGGCCACAUAUACUCGUCAAAUAAAAGUUGCCGGUCGAAAUCACACUCUUCCACAGUUGGGAAUUGCAUGGAAAACGAAACAUAGACAAUUCCCAAGAGGGAAUUAAAAUUGAAUGUUAAAUUAUCUAAAAUGAGCUCAACUCGUCAAUCUUCGUCUUAGUGAGACAAUAAGAAGGUCCAUUAAACAUGGUUCAAUUAACCACUGAACAGAGAACAUUCGUAAUCAAAACGUUUUACGAAACAAAUAGCUUGCAGUGCUCAGGCUCGCGUUGCUUUUGGAUUGAUUAAUUUUGCAUAAUUAAUGUAUUUUCAAUUCCCAACGCCCAACGGUGGAAGAAUGUGAUUUCGACCAGCAAUUUUUAUUUGAGCCAUUUCUCAUCGUUACGAUUUAAAAAAGGUAUCAUAUAGAAAAGCUAAAUAACUGUUCUUUCGUCCUAUGUAAAAAUCCAAUUGUUUAGCCAAGUUUAUGAUGCACGACAGCCUGUUAAAUUUCCAUAGCGUUUUUUUUAGACACCCUGUGCGCAGCAUAUAGUGUUAAGUUGUUGUAGGUUGUUGUGCGUGCUUUAUAUAUGUAAUGCUUUAAUCGUGUGGUGUACUUUUUUAUGCCAUAUAUAUGCAUGCAUAUAUGAGUAAAAUAUAUAUGUACAAUAUGUAGUGCAGAUUUAUGCAAUGGUACUGUACGUAAUGGAUUUUUUAAAACACAGAAAAUGUUUAAUUGUUUUAGUGGACAAAAUAUUGGUCAAAAUAUGUGAAGGACAUUGCAAACUAUAUCGAAAAGAGAGCACAACUCGGUGAGUGAACUGUUGAACCUGUAGCAAUGCAAUUUUAACAUAAAUUAUUAAGAACCGUUCUGUUGUAUUCAGCGCGAUAUUUUCAUAUUUUGUAGAGGCUGAAUACACCAAACAACUCACAAAGUUAGCUCAGGCAACUCGAGCUUCGAUAAGUGAAGAGGUAAACUUGGUUCUGCUUAUUUAUAAAUUCUUCCAAACGUAAAUUGCUUGUCAAGUUCCAAUAUACAACUUGAAGAGAUUACGCGUAAAUUCCUUUUCAUGAUAGCUCCUUUUCGUUUCUUGUCUAGAAUUACCUUCCAUUUCAGUCAACGUUCAUCACUGCAUUAGAUCAGGUAAGAAAUGAACAUGAAGUAUUUCAAAACCUUGUUUUGUUCAUUUCAACUCAAGGACAUUAAAAACUAUUCCAUCAUCGCGAACCUAUCGAAUAGCUGAAUUCAUAUUAGAAGACGGAUUUCCGUCUAAGACGGGAAACUCGUGUGACGGAUUUCCGUCUGGUAGGAAUAUGAAACGAAAACAUUCGGACGGAUAAACACGAAAAAAUAGGAGACCCUGCAUCCUAGUCUCUUUUCAACGUUACCUAUAGCUGAAACCCAUCUUGAUUUAUUUGUCUGAUAUAUAUUUAAGACGAGUUUUUCUUCCAAGACAAGAAACUCGUCUAACUUUCCCGUCAAAGUUAGACGGAAGACCCGUCAUUAACCGAAUUUAUAUCUGGACGAGUUUCCCAUCUCAGACGGAAAUCCGUCUUCUAAUAUGAAUUCAGCUAUUCUCAAUUACCUUGUUUUGAUUUUUGUGUCUAGGACAUGGAAUAUUCUCAGAAAUGUCAGCAAACUCUUGCUGCGAUCUCUGGACCGAGAUUCAUGGAGGUCAGUAUUAUUUCCUUCAUUUUCAUUAUUUCAUUUAUUCUUGUUUAGUUUUAAGAUAAAUAUUAAUGCCCAGCACAAAAUACGUAAAAGAGCCAUAACAAAAAUAUAGUUUAAAAUAUUUAUUAGAAAGCUAACGUUUCGUCUUUAACUUAAGACAUCUUCAGAGCAAUGACAUACAAAGCGGAAAACACAGAAAUAUGAAUAAAUUACAACUAUUUACAAGAUAUUAUAUUACAAAAGUAGAAAGAGGAGUGGAUCAGAGUAGAAGUAGAGGGACCGAACUGCCUUGUAAGUUGAGAGAGGGUUUGAGUUUGUUAAUGAGAAGACUUUCUCGAUGUCAUUGCUCUGAAGAUGUCUUAAGUUAAAGACGAAACGUUAGCUUUCUAAUAAAUAUUUUAAACUAUAUUUUUGUUAUGGCUCUUUUACGUAUUUUCUGCUGGGCAUUAAUAUUUAUCUUAAGAUUACGAUUCCCGCCUGGGUCAUCUAUCGCAAGUAUCUUGUUUAGUUAUUCUUAUUUAUUUAGUUUUUCUCUCAUUUAAUCGCAUUUUACUCCUGUAGCCUUUGAUGCAACGUCGUUCAGUUCACGACCGCGCUCGUAAAGACAUGAAGGAUGAUUGGACCAAAACAUGUAGACAAUUAGUAAGUAUUUACCAAAGUACACCUAAUCACCUAUAUGCACUUUUAUAUAAUACCUUAUUAAAUUCUAAUCGUUUAAUUGGCUGUUUAUGGUCACGUGAUAUUGAAUAGAAAAUUCCAUUUCCCAAGAGUGCAAUGGAACACGUUCCAUUGCACUCUCCGCGAGUGCAAUGGAAUAAAACGUAUAGUACAAUUGCACUCUUUGUGUUUUCGAUAAAUCGCAUCCCUCAAAAUGCUUCUCAUAUGAAUCUAUUAGUCUAUUUUGGUAUUAUAUAAAACAAAUAAUGAAUGUUUCUUCGUGCAAUGGUAAGAAUAUUUUCAUUCGGUGAAAGAUGGAAUGUUCCAUUCAACUCGGCUGUCGCCUCGUUGAAUGGAACAUUCCAUCUUUCAGUCUCUCAGUCAUCUCUUGGAGUAUGGAGGACAGUGGAGGACAGUUCUUCCCCAAUUUUUUAAAGCUUUUUAACGAUAGUUAAUUAACCGAUUAACUAUGUUUUAACCGUGUUUCAACUAUAUGAGAACCUGCAUGGCAACCGCGAGAAGCGUAGAGAAGAGAGCCUGGGUACGAGGUUGCCUGCAUGGUAGUUUCGUGCUUAAGGAUAAUGUUCCGAGAUCCUAAAUUCGCUCCCCCAACAUUCUGUGAAUAAGUGACCGCGAACAUUGUUUUACAAAGUAGAAUUUUGAAUACAAAAACAGUAUAUACGUUAGUCCAGCCAGAAUAUUUGUAGCUUUUCGGAAGCAUUCUGGGCCUUUCUUGUCACACCUUGCUGCAUGCUCUGACCAAACAAAGGUCGCCAUUAAAUUAUUAAAAUAUUUACUAAAAUUUGCUUCGUACACCUUUAUAGCAUGAGUCAGCAAGUUCAGUGAAAACCUCGCAGAACACUUACCACAAAAGAAAGCAAGACCUUGAAAAGGUAAUAAUAACAGAGGGAAAGCUCAAUUUCUUCAAGCCGUCAAACAUCUGCAACAGGGUGCGAUAAUUUACGAUUUCUAACCGAACCUGGCAGUACAAAAAUCACUGCUGCGCACUUUUAAGACUCAAAGUGUAUAAUACAAAACAAUAGAUACUCCGAAAAUUGAAAGCAUUAUGAAAGCAUUUUUUUUCAAAUUUCGGAGAAUCUAUUGUUUUGUAUUUUAUCAAAAUACUCAGUGGUUCCCGUAAUUUCAAAGUGUAUACUUAUAGUCUUUAAGUACAAUAGAUAAAACAUAUAUGAGCAGCCGAUCUGUAUCUGAUAUACAAACUCGAGCCGAAGGCGAGAGUUUGUAUAUCAGAUACAGAUCGGAUGCGAAUGUUUUAUCGUACUUAAAAAAUAACCCAUCUUAUGAGUUCAUUGGCGAAGUAAUUUUAAAAAUAAACAUUGUCUAAGCCGAGAAAAUCAAAGUUGAAGUUUAUGUAAAUCAGGACAAAUCUUUAUCCGAUUUACAAACAUUGAUUAAACAUUCAUUUCUUUUGUAUUUUCCUCGUGAAUUAUUAAUGAAUUUUUUAAGAUAAAAUACAUAAAGGACAGUUUUCUAAAAGAUAUUCCAGAAAGAAUACAAAUUGCACAUAUCAACUUUACAAUUGACUCCAACAUUCCUCAGUACCAUCUCAUCCCAUGAUCUCGAAGGUGUCAGAUUUAUACAUAAUAUAUCAACUUAAGCAAAUGCAAGUACGCAGAGAGUCAUGUAAGUAUAUAUACGUACUUACUUGGUACUUGGCUGGAAAAAAAGUGUCAGGUCGUAAUAUUGGCGUACGUAUAAGUAUGCGAAUUGUUGACCUUGAGACCUUUAUUACGUUGUCUCGGUUCAUGAUUGUAAACAUGCGUGUUAGUUGAAACGGUCUGUGCCAGGAACUGACAAAAACACCAGAAAAUUGAGAUGGAUAGGGAUUCAACUACUUCCAAAAUACAAGUGGAACUUCGAAGUUUCGAGCGAAGACACUAAAGGCGGUUUUCCACUAGGCGAAAUUUUUCGAUCGAACCGAAAUUUCUAUUGUUCAAAUUCAAAAGAUUUCUGAUUAGUUCCAUCUUAGUGCUUGUAAGACAAAAGAAAAUUUCGGUUCGGUCGAAAAAUUUCGCCUAGUGGAAAACCGCCUUAACUUCCCGACGAAGCGCUUUUCAGGAAAUUGAAUCCCUAUAUGUACUAGAUAAAACAUGAGCAGCCGAUCUGUAUCUGAUAUACAAACUCGAGCCGAAGGCGAGAGUUUGUAUAUCAGAUGAAGAUCGGAUGAGUCACUGAAAAGUCCCGAUGGAGAGUGAGCUGAAUAAUGUAUGAAUGUAUGCAUGUAUAGGUUAUUAUCGUACUUAAAAAACGACCCAUCUUAUGAGUUCAUUGGCGAAGUAAUUUUAAAAAUAAACAUUGUCUAAGCCGAGAAAAUCAAAGCUGAAGUUUAUGUAAAUCAGGACAAAUCUUUAUCCGAUUUACAAACAUUGAUUAAACAUUCAUUUCUUUUGUAUUUUCCUCGUGAAUUAUUAAUGAAUUUUUUAAGUAUAUAUAUCCAUCUCAAUUUUGUGAUGUAUGCUUCGUUUGCUACAGAGUAUAAAUAAACUGUAUUGUAAAUAAAUGAAGGUACAGGACUACAGGUGAUAUGUAAAGAUUUGUGUACGCUGAAUCGAACGCUAGUAUUUUUGUCCUCGUUGGGUACAAAGUCAUAGGACCCGAGGGUCUUAUUUUAAUAGGGCUCCUAUUUUAAUUUUAGUAGAAAAAGAGUGUUAAUUUAAUUGAACUACAUGCAUGUAGAUAGAAGAUCUCCCGCUAAAUUUUUAAGGCACAAACUCUUCUGUAUAGCAGUGAUAACAUAGACAGUUGUGGAUUGAGAGGGAUACAAGUACCUGAAAAAUAUAAGUAGAACUUCGACUUUUCGACUGAAGGACCCUCGUCGACACUUCACCAAUACAGUAAAACCCCGCAUAUAAGAACCUAGAAUUUAAGAACCUAUUAGGCUAAAAUAUUUUAUUUAGACCCCCUUUAAAUAAGAACCUGUCCGGGCUAAAAUUUCAAAACAGAUUCUUAUAUUAUCAAAUAGAGUCAAAAUUAAGUCAUAAGUUACAAUCAGUGUAGCUUAAAAAUGCAUAUAUAGGGUUGGUAUUGUGCAUAUAAUGUCAUUUUUUAGAUCAUUUGUGCAUAAUUUAUAUAAAUCAUAUACCAUACCUCCCUAAAAUGAGUCGCUUUUCUCUUAAGAAAAUAAGAACCUAUUUUAAGAACCUGUUUAUAGCCUAAUUUCCUGUUAAGCACCAUUCACAUAAGAACCUGUUUAGGCUAACUUGGAAAAACUUGGCGGUUAACUCUGGCUUGAUUCGUGUACACUGUAUACCCCAAUAUCACCAUAAGUGUAUACCAUUGAUUACACUGUAAGUUUCGAGGGCAUGAAUCAACUCUAAAAGUGUCAUAUGUCAGCAUUUUUGGUGACAGAAUAUAACACUUUCGGAAUUGAUUCAACUCCUCUAAAUUUACAGUGUAUAUAGUUUAUUAGUUUUAAAAUUCAUGAAUUAUUUUCUAUCUUAGCUCAAUACAAGGCAGAGCGAUGUAAAAGAAAAUAAAGAGGAGAGUUUUUCAGUAUUCAGUUCUAACAAAGGCAAGAAAGAGGAGGACUUACGGGGCAAAGUGGAGGAAGCUGAUCAGUUGUAUAGAAAUUCCAUCAAGUUUGCUAAUGAGAUGCAGACUGAAGCUGAAAAGACAAAAGUUCGAAUUGUUGCCCAGACUAAACAACUGGUGAACGAGUGCGAUCGAACAUUCAGAUCGGUAAGAAAUCUGGGAAAAAAACAUUCAAAUAUUUGGACAUUUCGAGCACAAGUUCUCACAAUUAGUUUUUCACGACGACACUUCGCUCGAAAUGGUUGAAAUUAACAUCGAAGCUUAAAAAAAGACUUUAAAAUCAAUUAUGUCCUCGGCUUUGACCUACAAUCUUGGACAUAACUGGUUGAGAUUAUUUUCCCCCUAUAGAAAAUUCGCGUUGAAUCAUGUUGCCAUUCUUAAACCCCCGCUCCCCCAACUCAAUGUUGUGCUUGUAUCAUGGUAUAUUACCAAAAGUUGUUUCGGCGUUGUUCACAACAUUGAACUGGGGGGGGGGGAGGGGGAGACAAAGUUUGUUUUGUCAUUGUUCAAUAACUUUGUAAUAUUAGCUGGAAUAGUCUCAAGGGUUUUGUCCAAGAUUGUAGGGCCUUUACUCAGGAGGUGGUUAUAGUGUAAACUUCGUGAAUUGCUAAAGUAUGUUGUAAAGCGUAACAAUUUAUCGGGAUUGUGGGCAUCUCAUUCGAAAGAACUACAAGUGUAUAUACGUGAACUUGCCAGCCUCGUCCCCAGGCGCUUUGAUUUGCUGCGCCCACUUGCGCCCACUGCCUUGCGUCGCGCCACGAACCCAUGCAUCUGAGUUGGAACCUGGGGACGAGGCUGUGAACUUGCUUUAAAAGUGUUAAAUGCUCGACACCUGAACCCUGUAGCUCAGUUGAUUAUAGCGUUUGCAUCGUUGCAAUUAAAACUAUUCUUGAUAUCAAAAGCUGAAAACUAAAAUCUUGUAAAUGAACAUUUGCAGAAUUAUUGAUGCAUUAUAUAUAGCCUCAACUUCAUUCUUCAAUUUCUUUUGAAUUUUAUUCAAUCAUAUAUCGUCGAUGUUUACAAUUCCUAGCUGUCUUUAAAUAAAUUCGAUCUAGGCCGUAUGCAUGUACGAUCCAGUAAUUCUGCAAAUGCCAGUGCUGUUUAGUUAUAUUCAAUAUUCUAAUAUUAUAGUUUCUUUUCCAUUUGUUCCAAUCUACCAGGUAACUCGCAAAUAUUUUGAUAUGAUGCACGAACUAGCAGUUCCGACUCCAAUACAUUUUAAAACCUUGGCUGAUAGUUGUCAGGGUUAUGAGCCUGGGAAGGAGUUUGAAGACUUUGUUCGUUUUCAACAAUCUACUGCUCGCUGUGCAGUCCGUCCCUUUUACGAAUUUCAACAAUGUGGAAGGUAUUGGUAAUAAUAUUGUAAUUAAAUACAGUAAAACUUAUGUAACUUAUGACUUAAUUUUGACUCUAUUUGAUAAUGUGAUUCGUUUUUGCACUGAUUAAGAUCCAGGUUUGCGGCUGGAAAGCUUCGUGAAAACAAAGUUUGAUUAUUUUCUUUAAUUUCUUAAAAGCUCAAACAGUGAAUCUGUUUCGAAAUUCUAGCCUGAACAGGUUAUUUAAAGGGGGUCUAAAUAAAAUAUUUUAGCCUAAUAGGUUCUUAAAUUGUAGGUUCUUAUAUGCGGAGUUUUACUGUAGUUUUACGUAGUUACGGAGUUUUACGUAGCCGGGAUCUUCUUCAGUGCAAAUAAUAAAUAGUUAUUUGUACCAAGUUUAUGUGAUUCGUUUUUGCACUGAUUAAGAUCCAGGUUUGCGGCUGGACAGCUUCGUGAAAACAAAGUUUGAUUAUUUUCUUUAAUUUCUUAAAAGGUCAAACAGUGAGUUAGAGAGUUCCAUGAAAGGCUCAUUAUCUCCUAUGAAGUUGGGUCACAUGAGUGAUUAUGAAGGAGGUGUAUCACCUUCAGUCUCGCCAUCAUCCAGUCCUAAGACUAGUAAGAAACAGCCAAGACGAACUCAUCCUCCACCUUCCACAGAUGAUGAAUCUGAAGGAGAAAUAAAGAAACCAAGUAAGUCUAUUUGUACUGCUUGUGGUCUUCAGUUUGGUAGGAAUAGUAAUUUGUGGUAUCCAAAUGGAGUUGCUAAAAUAUCGAAUGUACCAACCGGGAAUUGAAUCUAAGGUCUCCGGUACAACCUACCAGGUGUGUUCUUAAUCGGAGACAUUGAGUUCGAUUCCCAGUUGAGAUAUCCCGGGAAAAUAAUUUUCAGCAAAUGACUCGACCUCAUUUAGAUAGCACAAAUUUCAAAUUUUUACCCAAUUUUCUUUAUUUCCGGACAAUCAUCCUUACACACAAUUGUCUCGUGUAAAAGACAUGAAUCCCGCAAUACAAACAUGAUAUGCGAUGAGUGAUUUUCGCCAUGUUGGAUUUCGCCAUGUUUAUUAUCAAACCAGGCAAAUCGUUUUCCCAAUUCAUCGAAAACGAUGUAGGUGAAAACCCGCACAUACUUCUCCAUAACUUCCAAUGCUUUCUUCCAAAUUAUGAUUUAUGUACUUGUACUCAUGCUGCGCCAACUUGCUAUGCAUUCGUUAUUUCGCUUAAGAUACAUGUGGCUCACGUUUUCAUCUCAAACCGAGUUUACCUGUUUGCCCUGUAAUCGAAAAUUGCUUUAUAUCAGAACUGUCAAUAAGCGUCUGAUUUUUACGUACUUAGGACUAGAAGAAUGUAAAGUGAUGAAAGUGAUAUAUCUUGCGAUUGGUAUAGAGGACAAUGCAGCGAUCCACGCAUCAGGAUCUGCAGUCCGUUUUUAAUACUAAUUUUUAAAAUGGCGAAUUGAAAAAUGCUUAUGUUCUUGCUAAGUAGGCUCAAUCUUUUCUUACAAACAUAGUGAUCAAACAUUGUGGAAUUUUUAAAAUUUUAUUUGUUUUGUAGAAUCGAACAAGCCCGCCAAGACAGGCAGGCGACCAAAGAAGUUUCCGAAGGGGCCAUUGACAAAGGAAGCAUCAACUCAUACGUUUCAUAAAAUCCGAGCACCAGCACGAUGUUCCGAAUGCGAUAGUUAUGUAUUUAGUGGUGUUGAAUGUUCUCAGUGUGGUCUAAGUUGUCAUAGUAAAAAGUGUCUGGAAAAUUUGGUGACAGCUUGUAGUCACAGCGUAAGUGCUUUUACAUAACUGAAUUCAACUAUGUCUGAUCAUAGCCUAUCGAAGGGAAGAUGGCUAUGAAACUCAUUAGAAUAAGAAUAUAACUCAUUAUCUAUGUUAGUCAACGUUUAUUCAUAAAUCGGGUCCUUCACCGUAACGUGUGUAUUGUAUUUUAGCCAAAUCCACCAAUAGCAAUUUCCAAUUUCUCUAUUGUUCGAGUCACGGAUAGGUGACUUUCCUAAAACAUUGCUAGUUUGUUAGUUGGGUAAAAAUACAAUACGCACGUGACGGUGAAGGACCAUGCAGAUAUGUGAAUAAACGGUGACUAACAUAGAUAAUGAGUUAUAUUGUUAUUCUAAUGAGUUUCAUAGCAAUCUUCCCGAUGAAUACAAUCCUCAAACAAAUUGCACAACGUCUCGACACUCCGGUCUAGUGUCUUCAUCAGCAGUGAUUUCAAGUCGUCAACUACAUAUACAGGGUGUCUCAAAAAAACCCAAAAUCAUUGAAAUUGACGUAUUGUUCGAUAUUCAAUGCCCUAGCACUAAGUUAAUCCCACGAGUGCAUAAAAGAUUGACAUAACUGCUAUAAUGAAUGGUAAUACUCAGCGUAAACUUGUUAUGUCAGGCAUAAAGUACUAAACCCACGAAUGCAUAUUACGCAUAUUACAAUUUACGAAGCAUUUUUAAAUUCCCAUGAGCAAACAAACGUUCACUUUACAAAGAUAUUUUAAUUUUUUAAAACAAAUUAAUCACAGAUGUCAAAAUCCUUUGUGUUACGGCAUUGAAAUUCGAACAAUACGUUAUUUCAAUGAUUUUGGGUUUUUUUGAGACACCCUGUAUACUCGAGAGAUGACUGAUCAAUUGACCAUUUGCGUAAUAGACUAAAUUUUGAUCUCAACAAAAAUUUCAUUACAGCUUGAAAGAGCAUCACAAAAUUAGUAAUAUUCCAAAGUUUCGUUGCAAAAUGUUGUAAAAUGCGGAAAAUAUAGCCUUACGAAAUUUGCAAUUUUCAGUCAUUUUAGAUUACAAACCGGAAAUUGACAGCCUCGAAGGGUUUGGGGCUGUCAAUUUCCCGUUUGUAAUCUAAAAUGACUGAAAAUUGCAAAUUUCGCAAGGCUAUAUUUUCCGCAUUUUACAACAUUUUGCAACGAAACUUUGGAAUAUUACUAAUUUUGCGAUGCUCCUUCAAGCUGUAAUGAAAUUUUUGUCUAGACUUGUUUAGUUCAAAAUUUAGUCUAUUACGCAAAUGGUCAAUUGUGGUAGAUCGCUACCGUCAUCCUCAUUCAAAACAUGAUGAUUUAUGUUUCAAACAUUGCCUUUGAACAUAACCACUAAUAGUCGUUAUGAUGAAAACCAGAGUAGCGGAACAUAUUUGUUAAUUCACAUUUUAAACAAAAUUUACAUUUUAAACAAAAAUUAAGAAUUUCCAUAUAUUUCUCUUAUUGUAUUUAAAGUGGAAGUCAAGUCCGUAAUGUAAAGAAACGGUUUGUUUACAUUUUGAACUGCUGUAUUUAUUAAAAUAUGCUGUAUUUAUUAAAGUAUGAUGUACUGUCUGAAUAUCUAACACCAUUUUGGUUCGCUAUGCUUCUAAAUGAAUAUGAAAUAGAGUUUAUGUUCAGAAAAAUUCGAAACAUUCGAAAUUUGGGCAAUCUUCACAUUAGAGGUCCUCACAUUGUUAUGAGCAGAACCGAUGCGCAGAACGGACUUGACUUCCACUUUAAGUAUUUACAUUUUAAACAAAAACGUUUGUUUUCUUUUAUAUUUAGAGACGUCUUCCAAGUCCCAUGAAACGUAUGAGAACAUUUGGAGUGCGGUUUUCAGAAGAUGGUGGUGUACCUGUGUUAGUGACAAAAUGUGUGAAAGAAAUAAACAGAAGAGGUUAGUGGGCCACCUAUGCACGUCCUUCAUUCACUGCAAAAACUUUCAAGAGUACAAUAAUGAACCAAAUUAUUGAAUAAAAUUAUUAAAUAAAAUUACUCAAGUUUAUAAGCAAAUUUACUAUUUUUUGAGUAAAGUAAAUCUUUACUCAAAAAAUUGAGACGUUUUUGAGUCAAAACACUCGGGGAUUUUCAGGCCAAUUUUUCACCGAGUUAGACAUCUGACAGGAGAUCAUUGUCACCAAACACGAUUUAUAAUUUUCAUGCCUGCUUUAUUUACUUUCCUACAUCUUACGUGCAUAUCACUUGAAGGAUUUCUUAUAUUCUUAUACUAUGUGUAAAAAAAAGCGUUUUCUUCAUACAGCAUUCAAUGUAUUAGUCACUUUGGAACCGAUAUUAUUUCUUCAAAUAAGUACAACAGUUUAACCAUUAUAUUUCUUUUUUCUUUACAGGUCUCAGAGUGAAGGUAAUAUAUUUUACACUAUGGAAUAAUUAGAAGAAUAAAUGGGAUAAGAAUUUAUCUAUCAAAUCUAACUUCUGCGUUUAAUUUUAUAUUGAAGUUUUAUUCUUUUUCUUACGAAGGGAAUUUACAGAGUUUCUGGUGUGAAAUCCAAGAUGGAAAGUUUAUGUCAGGUUUGUAAACACUAUAUCUGCAGGAGCGCUAAGAAAUAACCUAACAGUAUAUAACAAUGCUUAAUAUAUAAGGUAGAGAUCGAUCUUUGGAUCAAUCAAGAAUUUACCAUCGCAACUAAACCGCAGUUUAAGCGCAACUGAACCGCGGGCUAACCGUACCCGAACUGCAUCACCACUCAACUGGAGUCAAGGCGUAACUAACAUUACAUUACAUAGCUCAACGUUCGAUAAUGACGUUACGUUAUUAUUCAGCUCACUCCCCAUUGGGGCUUUUCAGUGAGCGAUUACAUCAAGUAUUAAUAAUGUAUUAUGUUUACUUAUGUUACUUACUUAGCCUGGACUAUUUGUCUUUACAACAAUUGUGAUUACUUUCUUAACUGUAUUUAUCGUAACCCACCCUGUCAACUUUCCCUGUGGGAGGAAACCGGAGCGCCCGGAGAAAACCCACGACUUUCGGCAGAGCGUUGACUGAUUCUUUUCAAGUGAGUCCGUAGAGAGAAUCGAACCCACGAACUCAGAGGUGAAAGCCGCUGGCUUUGACGACUGCGCCACCGAAGCCCCCUCUAAAGAAGACGCCAACCGUAUUGUUUAUUAGGCUGCGUCUGUGCGGUUUUUAUAUCAAAGUGAAUGUUAACGCCCAUAUCAAAUAACGUUUACUUCUAGGAAUUUGAGACGAAUGCUGAAUCAGUGGAUUUAUCAACACAACCUCCACAUCUUAUAGCCUCGGUACUAAAGCUCUAUAUCAGACAGGUAUGUUUUACUAAAUGGAGAUACGUCAUUUAUAGGAUGCGCGUCAUUUGGUACUCCGUACCACUUACGUGUUUGCAUGGAAUUAAAAUAAACUGUCGAGCAUUGUAAUAGACCUUAUGCAUAAUGACAUCACAUGGCUUGAUGCCCGCAAGGAAUGCUGGUCUUUAAUAGUAUAGUCAUCGCCCGGGAAAUUAAACAAUUCAAAAUGGCCACUAUCGAAAUUUUCCCGGGCGAUGACUACUAAGACCAGCAUUACUCGCGGGCAUCAAGCCUUGUGACGUCAUUAUGCAAAAGGUCUAUUGCCGGGAUGAAACCGCUCGCAGCGAGCUUGCAAGUUGACUCUUGCGAAGAAUGGAAAAGCGGCUUUGAUGACAGGGGAUGUCUUUGGAGACACAAUAUAAUUAUUCAACAUUGUCUAAUACUUUCUCUUAUUUUCUUAGCUACCUGAACCACUCAUGACAACAAAACUUUAUUCUGAUCUUAUUCAACUAGCCAAGGUAAAAACGCUAAAUAAAUAAAUACUUAAAAAAUCAUAAUAAAGCACAUUCAAAUAAACUUAGCUGUUCAGCGUCGUCCCUGAAUGGGGGUGUAAUAAUACAAAUUCGCUAGCUGUUUAUUCUCGUCAGGCUUAGCCUGAAUUUAAGGAAGGGAAAAUCGAGCCUGAUAUGUACUCAGGCUAAAUCAGGCUGAAUAAUUUAUCAGGGAUUGCGACGUUUGAGAGAAUACCCUUUGUCAGCGACUGCAUGCACGUGUAAACUCUCUGACGAAGGGCCUUCGUUUGAAAUGUCGGAAAUAUCUGCUUAUAUAUUCAUGCUAACAAAUAAACACCCAACAACAUGUUUUCUGGUAUGAGUGAAUUAAAUAUAGCCGAAAAGCCUGAAAAAAUCUUAUUAAGGAUACCACCGGAAAAUUAAACUGUACCUGAAAUGAAAACAUGGGGCUAACUUCAAAUUUUUGAAGAGCGUUUUCAGGCAGCAACGGCAUAGUAAUGUUUUACUGCUUUUGUAUAGACCGGCUGCUAUAAGUUGAUUUCAAAAAGGCCACCAAUUGGAACCUGUAGGUCUUUGAAUCCUCCAACCUCGUACCCAGGACCUGCCCGCCCGAUUUUCACGAGGUUGUGAAUCCUCUUGAAAGCCAUAACAGUUGUUGAUGGUUACACAGAGCGUAAAAUGCGCUUUUACGUUUGUUCAAAACUUCAAAUGAACCCUAAGUCUUUACCAUACAGUCAUUACAGUGCUGUGAUCACAGACAGCUAAACCUACGGAAAGAAAGAUAAGGUCAUUGCGGUCAUUGUAGAGCGGUCAACCAACAAAGAGUCAGUUAGUUGAUUGUCCGUUUGUGGAUGGAAAGUAGGUUGGGUGGACUCUUUAUAUCUUCAGGAGAUACCGUCCUAUUCGUCAACUGCAGCCUUUAUGCUCAUUAUCCUCAUUAUGUGUUAGGUUAGAGACUUAUUUUGGUAAAUAAAAAGUUGGGGCUUUUAUAGGAGAGUACACAUCUAAAUUGGCUGCGCGUCGAUGAAUACGAGGGUGAUGGUAAACAAGAAUUUAAGAAACUUUUAGAGCAACUACAAUUAACUAUCAAGAAAUUACCUAGAUCAAAUUAUCUCACAACAGCUACACUUAUCAAGCAUUUACACAAGUAAGUAAUUUUUAGUGUUGUUUGUUUGAUUAACCUACGAUUUGAUAGAAGCUUUGUAACCUCACAAAUGAUGACAAACGAAUUUAAAAGGAUGUAGCAAUGUAGUUAUCAUGGUACAACCACGUCGUUUUCAUGGUGUAGAAAUGUUAUAUUCUAGAUCAUCUAUAAAUAGUUUUUUAAUGUUUUGGAAAUGAACCAACCUGUCUUUAAAGUUCCAUCGUCUUAGUUAUAUCUUUCACGGAGGUAGUGCUUUUCUCUGGUUUGUGUACAGAUGCUGAGGGUCACUGACUCCCUGGCCAGAACGCUCCAUUAGCUCUAUUAUGCUAUCAACUGGGAGAUAACAUGCACAAUCGACUUUAUGACCAUGGUGAAAACAUCUAGUUUCUCCUGUUUUUCAGAGUUUCCAUUAAUGAAGAAUAUAAUCAAAUGAAUCCACAAAAUUUAGCAAUUGUUUUUGGUCCUACCAUUUUGAGAUUGGAGAGGUUAGUUGGAGAAUGCUAUUGUUUAUUAUGUCAUUUAAAUGAAAUUUGUUGAGUUUAAUUAAUUAAAAGAUUAAAUCUAUUUGGAGUAACAUGUGAUUUUUGCCACUAAAUAACUUUUCUGUUCUGUUUUAGCGAGAAUUCACAUACAUCACUCUCGUCUUUAGUCGAUAUGUCUCAUCAAACUCGCAUCGUUGCAUUACUUAUUGUCAACCCUCAGGUACGUUUUUCUGCGUAUUACAUAUUAAAUGUUUGAACAUAUGCUGUGAGUGGAAUAGUGAAAUUUAAUUUGUAAUCUAACUUACUGCAUGCUGCAUUCAGGUAUUUGAUGACGUUCCAGAUGAACCUGAAGCACAACAAGGAAAUGGUUCGAAUGAGGAAAAUGACUCUUCGUUACCAAAUACCCCUGUCGAGGUAAUGUUUUACUGAUCUUGAACUGUCUGUGCCAGAGUAGGUAGUGCUGAUAAUAAAUGCCAAAAUACAGGGAGAACUUGGACGUUUCGAGCGAAGGUCCCUCGUCUGGAAGUUAGUAGCGACAAAGGGCCUUCGCUCGAAACGUCCAAGUUCUCCUUGUAUUUUUCAAGUAGUUACAUCCUAUCAAUCCGAAGCUUUCGAAUGUUUUACUAUACUAAGAUCAGGGACGAAACUUCGGUAUUACUGCUAGGGGGGUUUUUGUUUUUCCCGACCAAAAAGGCGCGGCCGAAGUCGUUCCCGACGGACAAACCUGUCAGUCGCUAAUUAAUAUUUCUUUUUCCACAAUUGUUGGCGGGGGGGGGAGGUGGGGGGUAAAAAAAUUUCCGAACAGCAUUUUUCACUAACUUUCGAAAUAAUUUACCGUAAUUUAAUUAAUUAAAUUUAUAAAACAUUUUCCUACAACUAUUACUUUUCAAUCCGAGACACUCAAAUAUUUUCAAAAUUUACCCGACGAAAUUGUAUGGAUAUACCCAACAAGAUAGAUGGCAAUAGUUGGGUAUGCAGUAAGCGUUGCAGGGCAGCGGAUAGAGUGGUCAAGUUGUCAACAUUAGAAUAUUGACACUUUUGGAGCAGGGAAAUUAAACAUCUUGCUAUUUUACUUAUUAUGCACCAAGUGCGUACUAUACAUGAUGGCGGCAUAUAAAUUAUAAUGGAAAGAAUUAACAUGAUUCGCCUACCCGUUAUUUCCCCUCUUGAACGGGUCAUGAUCAAAUGGAAGCGCAUGAUCAAAAGAAAUAAAGAUCAAACUAGAGUUGUGAUUGUGUAAAUAUCAGGAAUUUUGGCCAUCUCACUCGAUUGAACAGACUUUAAAAUAUCGGUCGGUCACGGACAUUAUCCGACCCAUUCGUGAAAUUGUCCGACGUUGAGAGGAAACCACCGGACAUUCUGUCCGACCUAAUUAAAACUGAGGUUUAAUGUUUGUCCGACCCGAGUGUAUUGGUGUCCGACCGAACUGUAGCUUUGUCCAUCAUAAAUCAAAAUGUGCCCAGUCCAGAACUAGAGGCUUGUAUGUUAAAUGGAAAAUCAGAGUACUAUUAUAUAAAGGUGAACUGGAAAUGUUGUUUUAACGUAGUCAAGCGCGGGGCGGCGAACGAAAUGGUGAAGUGGAAAACGGGCUUGAGUUGAAUUGAAUUUGUCACACAUUUUUUACAAUAUUAAAUAUUUACAUCAUAAUAUAGGGUUCUCCAAACUAUUUUGAAUAUGAGAGGUUAUUAGUAGAUCCUAUAAUAUGUAUGUGACGAGGAAGUCUAAAACAGUCUUGUCAAAGUCUUUUUUAAUACUGCUGUUCUGGAAAGCAAGUUAAUUUUGGCUUGGAAAUAAGUGUGAAAGAAACAAAUUAUUUAAUAUCUUCAUAACACUUAGUGUUCAGAAUUAAUAAUCAGACUUAUUUCCUUCCGAGUCAAAAGUGAACUGAAGGUCAUCGGACAUAUGUCCGACCCAAUCUCAACGUCAUCGGACAUUUUGUCAGACGGCCUUGUAAAAUAUAUUUUAAGGCCUGCUAUUGAACUAAUCUUGAAGAAUUUUAUAGAUGGAAAUUUGGAUUGUAAAUUUUAUUCAUUUAUGGUGCUCUUGGUUAUGGCGAAAUAAAUGUAUGAAAUUUACACUCGAUAUUUCCAUUUACAAAUUCUUCUACAUUGUUAUUGGUCACUGUGUGUUGUGAGAGUCGCUUUAUGUUAGUUUUUUCUCAAUCUUUAGAAAUUUGUUUCACUAAAAUCUGAAGAGGAGGAAAUUGGCAUGCCAGAUCUUUACGGUGAACGAAGUACCAGAGUAAGAGGUGGGUAGUUCAAUGAUGCCGACUUCCCGUCUGAAACCAUAGUAUCUAUAGGCAUCUGAGUCAUCCGAAGUUGUAAGUUUUUAUAAGAAAGGUCAGCUAAUGUUGUCUAUCUUCACUUUAAACUACACUGUAUAUAACAGGUUUGUGAAUGUGUGUAAGAAAGGAUAAAUGAUUUAAUUAAACAUAUUUAGAUGAUGUAAAAUUUAGCUUAGGGAAGAUGUUAUUGUUAACCUUAGACAAUGCAGUGAUAUUCUGACUUUUCAUAUUUUUCAUAUAUGUAAUCUUUCAGGUGAAGGUCUGUCUCCCAUGGAUCAACUCGCAUCACAAUCGUCUGAUGUGAAAGAUAUUAACAGGUAUGUUUUCCACAUUCUUAGAACUUCAACGGCGAUUACAUUCUAACGGUACUACAGUUAUACAGUGUUUCGAGUAUGGCAGGAAGACCACACGGUUAGAAUGUAAUCAUAAUCCAGAAAGAAGAGUAAUGUUAAUCCAAACCCUAACUUUAGUACUCUGCAUGGUUAUGAAUAAACUGGUGAGAAAGGCAUAUCGUACUACAAGAGGAAGUGUGAUUCUCACUGAACCUGCACAUCAAUGGCGGGCAAUAUGGGAGGGGGAGGGGGGGAUAGUGGGCAAAAGCCUUUGAAUGAUAGCUUAAGCAAGCGACGUUUUUGUCAACACGGAUGUCAGAUUGCAUGUGUGAGGUUAAGUGUGUGAAUGAAUGUUGCAAUGAAUGCAUUUAGAAUGUCUUGAUUGAAACAAGUGAAAAAAUGUCUACGUCCAAAUAUAUAAAUGAAAGACUAGAUUCCCAGAUAGGUUGGAGACGCGAGUCGUAAUUUCGUUUCAUAAAUGGGCGCUUAGAUUAUGCGAUAGAAAAGUAAAUGUCGUUUUUCUUGUGAUCGUUCACUUAUGGAAUCAUCGUUUCAUUGAUUGGGAGUAGUUGAGUUUUGAUUAAGUUUUUUUAUUUUUCAUUUAUUUAGGUCGGACUCCGACACAAUGAAAAUAAAUGAGCGUGUUGAUAUAAAGGUAAUAUUUCACUCUACUUUUUAUAUUUUCUAUCAUUCAAGCUCUUGUCGUCGUUCGGUAAUCAUGUUUAUAUAUUAUCUAUAGGGGGAAGCCACAAGUGUUUUUGAUGAAGCUUCGAUUUCUCUUCCUGGCAGUUUGGAAGAUCGAAAUAGAUACUUAGAGUUAACUCCUCAAGAUGAUGAAAAGUUUCCGUUGGUUGACCAAGAUAAAGGUAAGCUUUCCAACCUUGACAGUUAUUGUAUUUCAAGUUACAAUAAGUUAUAUGACUUGUCGUUGACAAGAAGGGCUUCUGUGUUACAUACAAGGCUCAGAUUAGGAUUUUGUGCUUUGAAAGAUUAUGCAAUAUAUGAACAACGAGAGCGAGUGUUUCACCGGGAUAUCCAAACACGAGAAAACAAUGUAUGGCUUCUCAAAUGAAUCGAGACGUAACAGAAUGUUUUCGUUUGCUGAUUUGAAUAGAAUUCUUAACCAAGCAUAACGUAAUUAGGAAUUCUAUUCAAGUAAUUUUGCAUGCGUAAUUAAGAUAUUUGAUGAAAACACUAGUGACUUUCAUCAAGUUUCACCGGAUUAUCCAAGUGGCAUCUUGUGAUCAAAUAGGUGAUUAUCAUUGGCUGAAUUGCUCAUGAAUUAUUAAUGAAUUUGAGAAUUGUAUAGAAUUAAUUGUUGUGAUUCACCAAUGUGGACUUGAAAGAGAAACCGUUCAACAUAAUUUUUUAAAUUGUUCCCUUUUUGCCGCUCAACGGAGUGUCCUACUUACCUCUGCUGCACAAUUAUGUGGUUAAGCAUGCAGAGUGGUGAUAGUGAAAAAACUAUUUGCUUGACCGUCACAGGCGUGGGAAAAGUCUUGGGAGAUCCGGCGCCAUACUCUCUUUCUCUCUCUGCACCCCAACUGCAGAAAAUGUAGAAAUCUACAGUACAGUUUAUUAAAUGACACUUCUUCCGAAGAUCAUUUAAGACAUCAUACUGUAUAAGAACUGUUUCAAAUGCUAGACUUUUCUAGAAUGCGCACUGUCAUUUGUCCCUUUGACAUUUUUGUAUUCGUAUACUUGGUGUAAAACUCUCAUUUCUUCUCUUUAGAUCGACCAAGCCACAAUGUCGAACACAACCAACACACUGAAAAAAUGUUCAACUCUAAAUCAGAAGGACGCGAAAUUAUACACAAUUCUAACGAUAAGGAUUCAUUGAAGUUACCUAAAGACAGCUCACUGACUGACGAAAUUCAAGAUGAGUUUAAUAAAAUGUUGCAAUCUAAAGUGCCAGUGGACACGACAAAAGAAGAAGACUUUCCUUCACCUGGUGAGUUUAAUUCCGACGAGGGUACCAUCCCACGACGUCGGUCUAAAGCGUUUAGUGUUGGGAAGCGAAAUAGUGAUCCGGAUAUGUUGGGUAAGCGUGGAUCAGCUUUAAUGAAUGCUUAUAUGGGGGAUAAUAACAUCAAAGGUGAAGACUCUGGGUCUCCUCGAGGAUCACCUCCUAGAAAGGAAGUGGAUAACUCAUCUGUUAACAGAAAUGAUUUAAAACACGAAAAUGAUGUUGGAGCUAACGAUGAAACAAUCCUUGUAACGUCUACGGUAUCGAGUACAACUGCAGGUGAAACUACUGACUCAGAUGUCACUCCAGUUAAUACGGAAUCUGAGGAUCAGGGUUUCCGUAAGAGAGCAGGUACAUCAGAGACUACAUCAUCUGCUGCUUCGAGGUCAGGAGACGAAUCCAGUAUUAGUACUUUGUAUAGAGACACUCCUCGUCGUAAACGAAGUGCAACAUAUGAGAACGAUAGACGGAAAAAGUUUGAGAAUAGACAAGAAAGACUUGAGAAACAACUGACAAGUGAUCGACUUUUGAUUUACGGUGUUCGCACGAGACGGACUAGAGUCUCAGUAAAAGACCAAGUUAAACAAUUAGAGAACAAAGAACAGAAUGAUUCUUCUAAAGCUGGACCACUAGGUGUACGAAAUAAUAAACUCCCAGCUACAGUGACCACACAAGGAGAUACGUUUGCAUCAAAAGAAACGAGUGACACGCAGGGUACACAUAGUAAUACCCAGGUAAAUGAAAACGCCAAUACAUUUGACAACGUUGAUGGCAAGGAAAACAUAAACGGACAUUCUGAGUGUAAUCCAGUAUCUCAAGCCAAAUCUCAUGAACCAUUGACUCGACUAUAUAUGGCGGGUGAAAAUGCUGGAAUUUUUCAGCCUCCUAGAAGUCCAGUCCCAAAAUAUAGAACAGAUGACAAAUUUUGUGCUUUAGAAAUGGACAUUAGUUUGGAUACCCCGCGCACACCCUCGUCAGACUCCUCGGAUGAUGAUAGUGAAAAUACUGACGUUGGUAUGGAAACGGCUUUACUACCCAAAUGGAAAGGCCGUGGUCUAACUCCUCGUGAUUCAAGUCAAGCACCAGAAUUCGUAUAACGCACAAAAUAAAACCCGUUUCCUACGGAGUAUCGGCACUAAUAAAAAUUAUCGUGAGGAUUCGAAUACCGUAAAAUGUGAUUAAAGCACAAAACAUUACUUGUAAUUAACCAAAUAAGAAGUAAAUUGAAACAAUUACUAAUUUUGAGAUACAUAAAAAUUCACUGCGUUUGCAUUAACUUGAACCUCGUGAGGCAGGUAAUGACAGCAAAAGUGGAUUGUUUGGUCAAUAAUAGAUCAGAAUAUUUAAAAUUUACAAAUUGGCAAUUCAGCGAAGUUACCCUAGCCUCCCGAAAAGCAGUUUGUUUUUGUGAAUAUACCUAAGGGAUUAGGAAAUUAGGAAUAUCUAUUAAUUAUUGCUCUGAUGAGCAUCGGAAUUUUGACUUAAGUCUCAUCUUCAUAAUUGAUAUCAUGGCUUAAAAACUGCUUGUGGCUGAUUAGAUACAACGAAGUUUUGCAUUAUUACGAAAAUAAGGCUCUUUUUGGUAACCCAAAAGCAAUGCUGAGGAGAUAGUGAGUUGAUUACUUCAUUUGAUCCUCUGUCUCUUGAAGAAAUGUUUGCGGGCAUACAGCUAUUUCAAUUAAGGUUGUCCGAGCGCGAAAGGCUGCUGGGAACCGCUAACAAAUUAAUUAAUUUUCAAAGCGGUUCCCAGCAGCCUUUCGCGCUCGCAUUCGACUUUUCCGCUUUGCUCGUGGACAACCUUAAUUGAAAUAGCUGUAUAUUUUGAAAUUCAAACAUAGUAACAUCUACAGUCAUAUACCAACAUUGGGCAACGAAAAUAUUGCCUCUUCAAAGAAUCUUAUUUUAGCUGAUGGAAUCCUAUUACAUUUAGUAUUUUUUUUACUAAUACAUUCCUACGUUUACGUGACUUUUACUAUUUUAUAUACUAAUCUUAUGUGUAAGAAAGAAAAACUAAUGAAGACGAUAUACUGUAUUAUAAUCAAUAUCUCUUGUAUGCACACUGUAUGUUGUGUUGGGGUUUUAUCUGUCUGUUCAAUUCUAAACUGUAACCAAAAUCCUGGUACGAGUUUGAGAAACUUUUAAAAGUCAUGUUUGCAAUCUUGUUAUGCUUUUCUCAAAUAGCAUUAGAAAACACGCUAUAUUAUGUAUUUGUAAAAUGGGUUGUUAAAGUAAAGAUGGGGGCAUUUGAAUUAUUCAUAUAUUUCUAAACUAUGAAUUCCAUUGUAUUAUU